GUAAUGUGAUCUUGUGCCACCUUAUUAACAGAACAUCAAGGUUUUAUGAUAAUGAUUAUGUUUGUGUUUCUUAAAUAUUCAUUGUGUUUUGUAAGCCUUGAUUUCAGCUUAGAAGACACGGUUGAAAUUUAGAGAGCAAAUGAUGAAUAAAAAUGAGGCCCUUUUUGAAAGGCGUAUAUAAAGCCUUAAGGGCUUCAGUGAAGCAAAAAAAAAAUCAAAAAAAAUCACAAUAGUCCAGAAUUUAAGUGCCAUACUAUUAUAACUUCUGUCUGAGCCAUAAUGCCUGCCUUCAAGUUAUCAAAACGUGUUCAUGAUUGUCUCCGACUCAAUAUCAACUAAACAACCAAUAUCAAGGUUCUUGAGUCACAAACCAGAUACAGGCGCUCUUGGAGGAAACUGAUUUUCUAAAUGCAUUACAGUUGGGGUUUAGACCUGGUUAUGGUAGAGGAACUAACUGCAUUCAUAGAAUCUUAGAGCUGGAAGGGACCCAAGGGUCAUCUAGUCCAACUCAAUGCAAUGCAAUCCAACUCAAUGCAAUCUCAGCUAAAGCAUCCAUGACAGAUGGCCAUCCAAUCUCUGCUUAAAAACCUCCAAGGAAGGAGAGUCCACCGCCUCUCGAGGGAGUCUGUUCCACUGCCAAACAGCUCUUACUUUCAGAAAGUUUUUCAAAUGUUUAGUUGGAAUCUCCUUUCUCGCAACUUGAAGCCGUUGCCUCGAGGCCUACCCUCCAGAGCAGGAGAAAACAAUGUUCCCUCUUCCAUGUGACAGCCCUUAAAAUAUUUAAAGAUGGCAUUGAUUGCUCAGUAUGAUGACCUCUGUCAGGAUAGAAACAGGGAAAAUGUGUCCCUGUUCAUUUUCCUUGACUUUUCAGCAGCUUUUGAUAUUAUCAGUGGUGGUAUCCUUAUCUGCUCCAUCUGGGCUGUGCAGAAGAGUUUCCCAGGUGAUUUGCAAACUUCCAGAUCGAUGCAGAUAAACUUCCACCCACCAGGUGCAGUUGGUUAAAUGUGUUGGCCCUACCUGGUGCUAAGUUCUUAUAAUAUUGGCAUAGCUUCUUCUGAAUAAUAGUAGUAGUGAUAGGGAAUAGUAGUCCUGUUCAGUCCUAGUUCCUGUCCCCUUAUGUGAUUAACAAUUGUGUGAAGCAUGGGAGUCUGUAGGAGUUUUUCUGGAGGAGAAGACUGACCAAUUAAAACACUGAAGGGGAAAGGCAAGCCAGUUUCUCACUAUAUAAAAAGAAUGGAAAGAAUAGUGCACGUACAAAUUUGUCUUAUACUUAGGUUCUAGAACUGCUAGACUUUUUUUAAAAAAAGAAAGCAGGAGAUCCUUAAAUUAUCGUUCAUCCAGAGGUGGGUGAGAUUGGUGAGGACUCCCCUUACCCCAUGGAUGCCCAUGGUAUGAAGGGCAGAAUGAAGCAUAAAUAGAGUUAAAUAGAGUUCUGCAUUCAGUGGGAGUUGAUGCAUGUAGAGCAGACUUAGCUCUAUAGACAUGCACCCACAAAACACUUGGAUUGUAGGGGAAUUACACAUUGCUGGGAACUGCAGCUGGACAGAGUGCUGCUGCACUCAUUUCCAGCUUGCUUGCAGGUUUCCCAUAGGAGGUCUACAUGGCCUGAUCCAGGAGGGUCAUCAUGUUUAUUUAUUCAAUGCAUUUAUAUCCCACUUUUCUCCCAAAUUAGGACUCGUAGAGCCAAUGGGGAUGUGGGUGUCAAGGGUGCUGCCUUGCUCUCUCUUGCACAAAUUGUGACAACUGACAAAGGCUACAUUGUCUUCUGAAUGUGGUGUAGCCUUUCUUCAUAGGACUGGAGUCCUGCUUGCUCUUGGGAUAUGAAGGUCUCUGUAGCCAAAACACAUACAGAUACUGUGAGCAAACCAUUCAGUAGAGCCCAUGUGUUUUUGGUAAAGGAAAAAAGAGAUGGUACUUUUGAGGCUUUUCCUACAUUAGUAAAACAAACUGUUUUCACUAGGUGAAAUUCCUACUUUAAAUAUGUUGUCAUUUUAAGUGUUGGUUUCUUUCUCCUUUUCUUGACAAAACAUUUGUGCCUUUAAAAGCUGCACAACUGCUAGAACUUCAACAGACUAGACCUCAUUACUGUUUUCAAUCUACAGAAAAAACUGUCCUAGCUGAAUUACUACAUAUUGGGCAGUUGCUAAAUGCACAAUGCACCUAUCUGGAUAAAAAGUAGCAAUCACUGUUGUCAUUUUAACCUCCUCAUAUAUAUGGCAAGAGAGAGGGUGGGGGAAGUGAAAUAUCUGCACGUAUAAAAAUUCCUAGAAUAGAGAUGCCAAACUGCCAAUACACACAAGCCCUGAUAAAAAUAAGAACAUUACUUAACACAGCUUCCAGUUUGUUGCUAAGAAACUACUGCUUCAUAGUUUCAUUAUUUUCGUUUGCAGAAACAUUACUGGUUGUUCUCUUGCAUCUUAGUGUCUGCUUAGUAUAAAAAGUAUAAUUAGAAUGUGCAUGAAGUCAAAUAAUAUUUCACAUAAUUUGAUUUCCCCCCGCCUCAAGUCUUGUGGGGUUGGUCGGUCUACCAUUUCCUGUUAGUGUAGUGAGUUAUCCAGCAUAACAUGGAGGAAAAGGAAGAGUUACAGGAGUCUAGAGAGGCAAUGCACUAGCAGCAAAGCAUUUUGAGCGCAAGAACGUCUACUGAAAUCAUUUUUCAGUACGGCUUUCAGCAACAGCAGAGUAAUUUGGGGCUUGUAGCCUUGGGGUGUAACCCUAAAUCCAUCUGUAUAAAUGGAGGUAUCUCCUGUAAUCAAUGCUGUUCCAUUUGUACAAUAGCACUCAGGCCUUUCCAUACUGUGGGUGAAAGCGUGCCCCUCCUUCGUUUCAAACCUUGCUCGCCUGCUGUUCCCAAAUGCUCAUCUCCGGUGCCAUACGCUUGCUAUCCAUGACCAACUGUGCCUGUUUUCUGCUACCUGUCCCUGAUAAAUAACUGUCCCUGUUUGUUCCUCUUUAUUUCUGCCUUUUCCUGAGAUGCUUUCAAAACUCUGUUGGUAUGCCUGUGAUGUAAUGCUCUAGAGAGCUUUCAAGGAAUUUAUAUAUAAAACAAUAUGAAAGAUUCCACAAAACUGCAUGGCAGCGCUAUGUAGGUGGGAUAGAUGUGCAUGCAACUCAGCGGGGUGCAGUAGAAAUGCAGCCCUGUUUGGCACAUGCAGUAUUAAACAGAAUGAAGUCACAACUCAAAUAGAAAAUGCCAGACAAUAGGAUGCAAGCCAUGAAGAUGUCAGGGCAGAAUCACACUGUUAUCUAUGUUCAUGGAGAGUAAUGGCCAGUGUCUGCAUGUUCAGGGUGUAUGUCAUUUUAAUCAUUUUACCCUAUCUGUGGUAUAACCCUGUUUCUUUUCAACAUUAAGUAUAUCUCAGAUUAUUAUUCCUUACUUUUUAAAAUGAAAGCUAAGAGUCUGGGGGCCCUGCUGCCAUGGGGUAUGGUACAUGUGCACAAACCUGUGCUGUGUAGAGCAACAACAAAUGCAAUUCUUGCCUUUGAGCUGAUGGCAACAUUCCAGUCACACACAACUCAGAGGGUUCUGUACCCUCCUCACACAUCUCUCCAUGGAAGAGGAAAACUUCCAGCCCGGCAAAACAAACAUACAAAAAACAACUCGAGACUGCAGAGCUGGUGAGGGUGCAUGGACUUGGGAGACUCUGUGCUUGCCAGACAGUGUGACCUGGAAGGCCACAUCCAGCCCCAGGGCCUGAGGUCCCCCAGCCCACUGAGAACACAAAAUUGAGGAAAUUGGUUCUCCAUAUUUAUUCCUAGCAACUCUUGGCAGAAUUUUCCCCAGGGAAUGUCAGUUCACUCUGCCCUUUGUAGGAUCUGUAAGCUGAAAAUCUAGUUCUGAUUCUCCAGUGCUCUAUGCUAACAGAUUAAUUGACAUUUAUUGGUUAAAAGUAACAGUUAAUUGACUAAUUAAAUUGGCAGGCUCACCAAUAAAUAUAUAAAGUGCCAGUAAAAUUGUAUUCAGUCUUCCAUUACAUCUUAUUAUUGAAAAUAAAUUUUGACAUGCCUAAUUAAGAAGCAACCACCCCCAGGCCCAACCUUAACAUGAAACAGCAUGAAAGGUUUGCCUUGGGUAGCACAUUCCAAAGGGGUUGUCCCUCCUGUCUCUUUGCAUAUUCAGAGUCGCCUGAUUCUUAAAAGUGACUUCUGAAGUAUAAGCAGUGGAAUAAGAAAUUGCUUAUGUCCCCACAGCAGUAUGGGCAAGUUGCAGAGACAUCUAGGACUUGUUCCAUCCUGCCUGGGGGUGCAGAAGUGAGGAAACACUACCACAUUUAACUAUUUCUCUACCAUGAACCAAAGCAACUCUCAGUGUGCUUCCAGAUAGGUCUUUAUUGUGGAAGGGUACUCCCCAUGCAUGCAAGCUUUUUACAGCAUCCACAAGACAAUGCCGGCUUGCCUUUUUUUUUUUUUUAACGCCCGUAAUUUCCCAGAUAUAGCUGAGAUUCGGCUUUAAAAAUAGCUCAAAAACUUCUUUUUUUGAGAUUCUGCAACAAAGCUCCACAGUCUUCAAUCUUUUGAAACAUGGCAACCCUAACUGUUGUCAGUGACCAAAGAUCAGCCUGCAAAUGAAGCUCCCACCUGGACGUAUGUGCCCAUAAGGUGGCCUGUCUCAUUACAGUGGCCAAUGGGCCUGAGUUGAUGCAAAAACUAAAGAUGAAUUUCAAUAGGGACAAAUGUAAGUUUCUAAACUUAGACACAGAUAACCACCUGAACAAAUAUAAGAUGGGGGACACCUGGCUUGCUAGCAAUAGAUGUGAAAAGGAUCUAGGAGUCUUGGUGGACCACAAGCUUAACCUAAGCCAAGAGUGUGAUGCCGCCUCAGCAAAAAAAAAGAGGGGGAAGAAAAGAGCUAAUGCUAUUCUAGGCUGCAUCAUCAGAAGUGUAGUGUCCAGAUUGAGGGAAGUAAUAAUACCACUCUAUUCUGCCUUGCUGGGGUGUUUUUUUUUUUGGUGUUUGUUUUGGCAUGGGAGCCACAAGAGCAUAAGGAGGCUCUGCUGAAUCAGGCCAGUGGCCUAUAUUUUGAUUACAUAUUUUGUUCUGUGAACUGCCCUGAGACCUCUGGGUAUAGGGUGGUAUAUGAAUUCAAUAAAGAAGAAGAUCUGGUCUAGCCUCCUGUUCUCACAGCGCCCAACCAGACAUCCCAAUGGGAAGCAGGGCCAAUACAUUUUGGCACUUGAGGCAAACCAUUGUGAGGCCUGUUGUACAGGUGGCAUGGUGGUGUGUGUGUAUUGCUGAUAAGGGGGCAGAUUUGGCUUUCACAGAGUGCGCUGCUGUAGCUGUGUCAGCGGGUGAUGCGUUCUUUGGGGGCCAGGUCUGCUGCCCCUGCUGAUCCUCGCCCCCCUGAGGCCAUCACCUCACCUUGCCUUACAGGUGGGCCGGCCUUUGGUCCCUGAGCACGUGACCACCACCCCUCCUGAGGGGGAAGAGCGCAGCCAACCAACGGCCAGCAGCCGUGGAUUAAAAAAGCCGUUUUAUCCUUCACCACCUGAAGCGGGGCAAAGGGGUUGACAGUGAGCGUAGCAGGCGGCGGCGGCGGCGGCGGCGGCGGCUAGUUUCCUCAUGAGGCGGGCCCGUGCGGCAAACGGGAAUGUCAAAUUUACCUCAUGGAGAUGGGUGGGAAACAACAAAUUAAGCCGAAACGGAGCCUUGCCCCGUCAUACAUAAUAUAAUACUGUAUAUACGAUGUGCCUGGACCGUCUUCCCGGGCGCGUUGCGAUAUUGGCGCGCUCGGGUCGGCCCUUUUUGCCCCUCCGGAGCCUCUGUAGCGGCUUCGUUGCCCUGGCGACGGGCUCGGCGCUGCCACACUGCCCGCGGAGGCGAAGGCGGCUCCGGCUCCCUUGCCCCUCGGGCUCCUCGAGUCGCGGGGGAGGGAGCGCGGCGCCUCUGGGAGCUGCAGGGCGAGGGAAAGCAGGCAGCCCGCCUGGGCCCAUGAAGCCGCGUCCCUCGGAAGGGCCCUGAGUGGCCCAGCAUCUCCCGGGGUUGGCAUCUGGCCUUCCCGGCUUGGCGCUCUCUUGUCUCUCUCUCCGCUCGCGAAGCCCCAUCCUGGCCCGUCACCAAGAGGAGGGCGGGGGAAUCGCUGCGCUUCGGGGGCGGCGGGAAGGCAGGAGAGCCGCUCCUUUGGCGGGGGUGGGAACGCACCGCACUCUCGGGCUUUUAUAUAUGAUAGAGUCGCUGCGUUUCCCUCCGUAAGCGCCCCCCCCCAAUCCAUCUUUCCCGCCCUACAAAAAAAGGGCUAUAGAUCUUGUCAUUCGCCCACCUCCCCGUUCUGCCACCCAAACCACCCCGUCCCCCCCCCCGGGAAAUCUUCUCCCCUGUUCUUGGAGCAUCUAGGAAACGGCGCCUGCCCUCCCUAACCAACCCUUCUUCUUGCGGGGGUGCAGGUCCCUCUAAUCCGCACGCCCCCUAAAUUCACAUUUAAAAUACAAACCGAUAAUCCCUUUGCACUCGUUCGGGGAAGAAGUUGUCGAUUUCUCCUCCAUUCCCCCCCCCCCCAACUGCAAAACCCUCUUCAGUGUUAGCUUUCAGGUGGGCACCUUCCCCCAUCUGUCCUGGAGCAGGGGAUCCCAAGAUCUGCCUCCUUUCCUGGGCCAAAGAGGAGAAAAGUUGCAGCCUCAGAUCCGCCUCCACCCCCCGCCCCCACGCCUUGCAUUUCCACCCUUAGCGCCCCCACCAAAAAGAGAGGGAGAGAAAAGCAAGCAGGAGCGAAGUGAAAGGAGGGCGUGCGUAUAUGCGUAUGUGUGGUGGAGGAGGUGGAGGAGGAGGAAGGGAGAUGUUGGUGUCUCCUUCUCCCUGGAAACGGUGGAGGGACUGAGGCGAAAGUGAAGCAGCAGGAGUGAAAGUUUCCUUGCCGGAGCCUGGGCUGAGUGGCGAGUGAUGCUCUUGGAGCAGCAACGGCGGCGGGCUGUGCUGGUGCCGCAUUGUGUUUGCUGAGGCUCCUCCUGGGCGGUGGGGGCUCAGUAGCGUCCUACGAAGAGGAGGAGGAGGAGGAGGAAGCAGCAAGAGCAGCAGCAGCAGAGCAGCCUCUAUUCGCCCACCUCCACCAGUGCAUCCUUUUAAGACGAGAAGAGGGUGUUUGUUGCCUGCUUGCUCUCUCCUCUCUCUCUCCCUCUCUCUGGCCUCAGUGCAAUGUGAAGCUUGCACACAACCCUGGUUUUGUCAAAGACUGGCGCUCCAACCUAGUACAUGCAUCCGAUAAUCAUCUUCUCCUACAAAAUGGAUUUUAGCCAGAACAAUCUAUUUGGUUAUAUAGAAGAUCUGCAGGAACUUACUAUUAUUGAAAGGCCAGUACGCAGGAGUCUAAAGGUAUACCUCUCUCUCUCUCUCUAUAUAUAUAUAAAACUGUACUUUCUAAUCAAACUGCAGUUAUUUCAGAUUGGAAUCUAUUAAAUAAAUGGUGCUACUAUCUGCUAUAUGCAGGCUCAGCUUGUUUUACAAUGAAGAGAUAGUUUGCACAGAUAAGGGUAUUAAAUCAUGUCAUCUGACAGUAGAAUUAUUUCAGAAAUGGGGUUUUAAGUGUGAGGUGGGGGAAGAAAUACUAGAUAUAAACUGCUUUAACUUGAAAUAGGUUUUGUGAUUAUAUAAUUUGGGAUCCUUUCCCAUUCCUUUCUUUCAGGAUGUAGUUUAAUAAAUGGUGUGGGGGGGGGACUAUUCCUGAUUUUAAAAAAGUGCACUACCUAAUUUUUGAAAUGUUAACAGAGAUUCUGAGUAUUAAAAACCAAAGGCCUCAAAACCCUGGAACUGUUUAUAGACUUCCAGGAGACUGUUCCAGAGAAAGUGAGUUAAAAAUUACAGCCUGACAUUCUGAUUCAGAAACUGAGGAGGGGGACAGCUAUAGACCACAUGUUUUGCAUGCACAAAAUCCUAGCUUCAGUUCUUACUGUCUCUAGUUAGCAGGGUCAGGAAAGACCCUUACCUAAGAGCUUGGAAAGCAGAUGCUAGUUGGUAUAGAUCAUAUUGAGCUAAAUGGAUCAAUGGUCUGACUCAUACAAGACAGCUUCAUAACCAAUUAAGCAGGAGCACUUGAAUUCAUUUUCCAUUGGCAUCUUUUUAAUUUCAUGUACUCUGAUUUAACUUAUUUGUGUUUUGAGCUGUACAACAUAAUUAACAGCAUCAUCCUAGACAUAGUCACUCAGGAAUAAGUCAUAGUGAUCUCAAUGAUUAAGUAUAUUUAUGUACUGUAAACUUGGGGUGGAAGUAGUUGUUAACAGAUUCAAGCAUGGACUUGAGAUGUUAAUUAUGUUAAUUUGUGUUUCACACUUGACAGACACCAGAAGAAAUAGAGAGAUUGACAGUUGAUGAAGAACUCAAUGAUAUUGAAAGGGCUGUAUAUCUACUCAGGUAUUUCUUCAGAUAACGUUGUAGAGGGUUUUUUAAUGUUACUUUUUAUCUAAAUGUUUCCAUCUCCAUGCUUCAUGGGGUUUUUUAAAGGGUUUUAAAGGUGUUUUUUUUUUUUAAAAAAAAAGGUUUGGAAUAACACCAUGGAAGAAAGUUUAAAAUGUGUGAUGGUAGCAUUUUAUUUAUUAAAUUUGUAUAAGGCCCUUCGUGCACGUAGUAGCAUGAAGAAUCGAUGGGCAUGCACAGAUGCAUAGCUACUUUCUAUUAAGUUGGCUACUUUCUACUAUGGUCCUUCCCUCUGAUGAGUUGGGCUGCUAUUGUUUUUCUUUUUGAGGGUCACCAAAUUGUGUGCUGAUAUUAAUAAGAUUUCACAUUGACUAACUCUAUAGUACAACUUAAUGUUUUAAAGGAUUUGUUGUGUAGCACCUGAGAAAUGCAGAGAUGCAGAUAACAUUGACACAGUCAUAUCUGGUACCCUUCCCCACCCAGUCUCUUGAAAUGCUUACUUAACAGAUGUUUAACUGCCUUGAACAUUAACUGUCCGAAACAUGGGCUUCCUUUGACUUUUAUGUAGAUAUCAUCUUUGAGGUGCUGUUCUGAAAGAUUUUCAUUUAAACUUGCAUUUUUAUACAAUGCUCACUAAUUGAAGUCCCAGCUGUAAGCUUCCUUUCAGUUUGAUCAGUUAUUUUUAGAGUGCUCCAGAGCCAUGUUUGUCUCAGUCUUCAAAAUGUGCUCUGCUAAUAUAAUCUAUUUGUCACUUUUUAAGCCAGCAUUUUUAUCUGCCACUUAUGCUUCUGAUAAUAGUUCCUAUCUGGCAAUAGCCAUCAUCUUGCUCUGUUUUUUUUUUUUUUUUUUAAUUAUCUCACUCACAUGUGAUUUGGAAGUACUUGCUUGAAUUCACCAUUUACCUUUUUCAGUGUUAUCAAUAGUAUACUGUUCAUGCAGAUAUUGGGUUCCAUAGCUCUGGGUGACCUUUGCGUUGUUUGGGGACAUAAAAUAAUUUUGUACAUGGCUACUACCUCCACCUCAUGAAUAUUGUUCCUCCAGUCUGCAAACCACCUCAUAUUUAAUCACUUGCCUGGUCAACUUAGAUGAAAAGGAAUUGUAUACAGGAAAGUGAAUGGACAGACAGAGGAUGGAUGGAACACUCCAUUGCUGCUGCUCCAACCUCUCUUAGCAGGCUACAAACCUUUUAGGAGGCCAGUAACUUUGGGGGGCCUGUUUAAAAAGAUAUGGUAAAUAAUGAAAAAUUGUUCUUGCACCAUAGUUUAUUUUUCAAAUGGGAGCCACAUCUCCUUUUCUUGGGCAGCCAAAAGGAACUGACCUCCACACAAUCCAAUAUUUCUGUGUCUUGACUGGGUAAGCAGAGAUUGGACCAUUGUCUGCUCACCAAUCACUGUGGUAGAGGCCACUCUGGUGGCUGUCAUUGGUGAUUCUAUGCCUACCCUUAGCGUUUGCACACUCUGAUGUGCAAGGCAGAUUUCUGCCACUUUUUGGCCUCACAUGAAUAGAACACGUUGCAAGCUGUCAGAGAUGGGGAAAGAGAAUAAUGCAAUUGUAUUGGAAGGUUGCAGGCCUCAAAUAUUUUUUGAAACAAAAAAAGUCUCAUUAAGAUAAGAUUUUAUAAUUGCUGAUGUAGCUAGAUAAUUGCUAAGCUAUAUUUAACAGUUCUUAAGAGUUUAAGAGGAUUCUUAACUGGUUUUGUAUUCUUCUUGACCCCCCCCCACUUUACUAUACAGUGGCCCAGUUUACCUGUCAUAGUAUACUCUAGUUCAUGGUUUGCUAUGAAUGCACUGAGCUGUUUCUCCGCUCUUUGAUCACACUGGGGAGAAACAAACUAUGACCUCCAGUUUAGUGUUACAACAGUUAUGUCUGAUCCUGUUUUGUUCCAACAAACAUUGGUCCCUGUUUUGAUUGUAACAUUAAGCCAAAGGUCAUGGCUUGUUCCUUCCUGGCAUGAGCUAGGAAGAGGGCGGGGCAAAACCAGAGCAAUUUGCUUGAUGCACGGUAAACCAUGGUUUAUGGCUUAUGGCAUGAGAAUUAGGUCAAUUUGUAGUUUUGUGUUGGUGGAACACAAAUUCUUUCGAGUGUUCCUUUCCUCUGGUUGAGGUAUGUACAUUUGGCUUUUAAUUGUUUCCUUUUUGAGAUACGUGGUGAAAUAGUGUCGAGUGUCAUCAGUGUAGCAACACUAGCAUGCUUUUCUUGUUUGGGUAGUCUAAUUGUUCCUUGGUGCAUCCCCGUGCCCCCCCCCCCGACCAGUGAUGCCAACCUCACCUAGUUUUUUCUGUACAUUCAGUGGCACAUAGAAUACCUCUUCCUGAUUGACCAUACUUUUCAGAACAGGCUUUUCUGUAACAACUGCAACAAAAUGGGUUGUGUUUUUUCCCCUAUAAACUAGUUUUGUUUGUUUGCUUGUUGUUUUUUGUAAUUCUAUUUUCUUCCAGUUAGACAUUUCUUGUCAUAUUUCUGGCUGAACAUCACCAGCAUGCUGUUGGCUUGACUGAUAUGUGUUCUUUCUUUAUUUUUUUGCUGUAUGAUUCUCUCCUUGAAUGUCUAGCAUUAUUACAUAACUUUUGGACAUUAUUUCAUUAUGGGCUGGUUCACACUGUUCCCCAGAACACAGUCUCUACUUGUAGUAGGGUGCAAGAAUGAGUUUUGGGCAGACAUUUCCUCCUUGCCUCUGUCUUGCACAUAGGCUUUUUAGAAUCUUUUCUAGAAUCAUAGAAUUGUAGAGUUGCAAGGGACUGCAAGGGUCAUCCAGUCCAAUCCCUUGCAAUGCAGAAAUCUCAGCUAAAGCAUCUAUGGCAGACGACCAUCCCACCUCUGCUUAAAAACUUCCAAGGAAGGAGAGCCCACAACCUCCUGAGGCUGUCUGUUCCACUGUCGAACAGCUCUUGCUGUCAAGAAAGUUCUUCCUUAUGUUUAGUUGGAAUAUCUUUUCUUGUAUUUUGAAGCCAUUGGUCUGAGUCCUAUCCUCCAGAGCAGGAGAAAAUAAGCUUGCUCCACAUAUUGUUGUAUGCAUGUAGGUCCUGCCCAUCUACCUAUCCCCUUUUUGCAGCACAUAGAUGACAGGACUACUUUUGUAGAAAUUUUUAGUUAAUUGUAGUGUGCAAAUCCGCAAAUUGACCCAGGGUGAACAAGUUGCUGCCACUGUGUGCUGCAUCAAACAGCAGAGCUUUCUUUCUUUCUUUCUUUCUUUCUUUCUUUCUUUCUUUCUUUCUUUGCCUUGCAAGUGAAGCCUGCCUUAUUUGGACAUUUGACCUCCAGACUUUGCUAGUUUCCAUUUUAUUUUGAAAUCUGAAGAUUUUUGUGUGAAAUGUGUAAAAAUGAGUGUGCUUUCUGAAUCUGGAUUGUAGGGGGGGAAUGUGUUGAAGGUAACCUUUAAAAAUUUUUUUUUGACAAGUUGUGCCCCAGACAACAUGGGAAUAAUGAGGUCAUUUGACUUGAUUGGUCAAACCAUGGAACUUUAUAUUACUCUGAUUUCAUGUUUUGUACUAGAGAAAUAGGAAUAGCAUUGAGAUACUCAAUGACCUGUUCAUCCCAGGAUCCCAUCUCUGACAAAGCCACUUACUUGGUCACCUGUCCCAAGUAAGAAUUGCUCCAAGGGAUCAGGAGUUCUUACACAGCCACCAAUCAGCCUCAUGGGUGUAGGCAGGGGGAGUCACCUGUCCCCCCCCCAAAUCAAUGCAAAUCAAUGCAAAUCUUAGGUUCUGCCCCCCUAACAAAAGCCUGCCUCCCCAACAAAAAUCCUGGCUACGCCCGUGGUCACCCCCUUCCCCUUGCACCAGGAAAUACUUUUAUUAGAAACAGCACAGAAAGCAUGCACAAGGUAUACAAAAUGUACAAAGAGACAUACUCAAUUGACAGCCAAAAUGUUAAGGGAAAUUAAUUUGAAAUAUCCAAAUUGGCGGGUUGGAUGGAAGAGAGAAAAAUCUUAUAUGAAAAUGAAUCUGUAAUAAUAAUAAAAAGCCAACUAUUUCUAAAAUACAUUCCUGAGAGCAUUGCAGACAUUAUUAAUUAUUUUACAUUUUAUUUAUUAAAUUUGUAUACCGCCCUUCAUCUGAAGAUCACAGGGCGGUUCACAACAUAAAAACGCAAAAUACAUAGUAAAGCAAAAGCAAAAACAAACCAAUAAUACCCCUCUCUCAAACACAUUUAAAAGGUCAUUGAAUGUUACUUAGCCAAAGACCUGGUUAUAGAGAAAUGUUUUCGCCUGGUGCCUAAAGAUAGGUAAUGAACUUGCCCUGGGAUAUUUCAAUUGGAAUACGUUUUGCCCUAUUCUUUUUGUGCCAAAAUUUGGCAAUCUUUUCCUAGUUUGCCCCAAAAGAAAGCAUUGUGCUUGUGUGUCCUGCCUUUGCAGUUUAUUUGCACAUGAUCAACACAUAUCAAAUUUUCUUGCAAGUUAAGGUGACUUCUGAUUUUCCCAUUUUUGUCCAGCAUUUUGCUUGUCCUGCUUACUCCUUGCAGUUUCUCCUAGUUCAUACUUAUAGCUUACUACUAUCCUUUUUGCCUUUUUUCUUUAACCGAUCAAAAUAUGGUCAUAAUAGCAGCUAUCAGCGGCAUAGCGUGGGUUGUCAGCACCUGGUGCAAGGCAAGUAAUUUGCACCCCCUAACCCGGGGCAAGGCAAGUAAUUUGCGCCCCCUAACCCGGGGCAAGGCAAGUAAUUUGCGCCCCCUAACCCCUAACCUGCCGCCGCUGCCAGCUUCUUCUUGCUGCUGCCUGGUCUGGUCUGGUGUGGUUCUCUCCCGCGCUCAGCGCUGCACUGGGCGGCCGCUGCACUGUCCCUCCCCCAGAUAGUCCCUCGCUCUCUCUCCGCACUGCAUGCCUGGCACCCACCCCCUCCACAGUGGGCGGCGACCCAGCGGCUCGGAUCGGAUUCGCACAACCAGCACUGCAGUGAGAGAGAGUGAGUGAGCCAGGUAGGGGCAGAGAGCUGCGAGUGCGAGCGUGCCCCCCCCCAGAUGUUGCGCCUGGUGCGGCCGGCACCCCCUGCACCCCCCACACUACGCCACUGGUAGCUAUACAGUGGUACCUCUGGUUAAGAACUUAAUUUGUUCUGGAGGUCCAUUCUAAACUUGAAACUGUUCUUAACCUGAGGUACCACUUUAGCUAAUGGGGCCUCACGCUGCCACCACACGAUUUCUGUUCUCAUCCUGAAGCAAAGUUCUUAACCUGAAGUACUAUUUCUGGGUUAGUGGAGUCUGUAACUGAAGCGUCUGUAACUUGAAGUGUCUGUAACCCGAGGUACCACUGUAUAUACUCAAAAUGUUCUCACAUACUCUUGUCAUCCUUUCAUCAACUCUGUGUGGUAGAUCAGUAUUAUUAUCCCCAUGCAUAAUACUAGGGAUAGGAAUGGGGACUGAAACGGAGAUAAUAUUGGCAACUGAGGUGAGAUUUGAAUGUGGAAUUUUCUGAUUCAUUGCUUAGUCACUGUGCUAUACAAGUGCUGUACUUCAUUUUAGGCUUUAUUAUCCGCCUCUGAAAAGCAGUUCAACAUGCAAUUGCAUUCAGCCCUUAUGAUUACUAAUGUUACAAUGAUGUGAGCAUGUGGUAAGGUAACAUUCUAAAUAUCAUCCCCCCCCCCCCCAGUAUAGAAGUUCUUAUAAGGAAAAGUACACAGACUAUGAUAUUUUCCUGUUGUUCUUGAAUUUGACUUCCAUUGCUUUUGCUUUGUUAUCCUGUUCCAUAUGUAUUUGGAAAAGCCACUUUAGCCUCUCAGACCACCUAAUUAGAACAUAAGCUCUAAUAGGUCUUGCCUCUUGGGGCUUAGCUUCUGACUUGGGAGAGCCUCAGGACAUUACUUUUUGAUGCUCAAUACUCCUCAGCCUCCUUUAUUGCAUUCUCCCCUCCCCUUUAAAACCAAGGCCUUACACUUUCAAAGAAUAACAUAACCAAUGGGUUAUGCCUCCUGGGGUAUUACGUAUUCUUAUUAAAGAUUGGGGGAGAAACUGUUUGCUGCUCAUUAUCCUUGUGAGGAGUCAUUAGAGCUGCCACUCAUGGUAAAUAUGAAGAAGAAUCUUAACGUGCGCAUUUAUCUAGUCAUACAUUUUAUUGCCUAGGAUCAUACCAUUCAUCUGAUGUACCAAAUGGUCCAAAUAUGUAAGCCAAAUUUCUUCUCUCAACCCUUCAGUGAGGAAGGAUCUUGUUCCUCAUGCACUUUGAGGCUUUAGUUUGAAGAGAAAAUGUGAUCAUCUGAGGGAAGCGGAUGGGGGUGGGGAUCUUGGCAAGGGAAGCCUUGUUACUCUUUCACAAAGGUAGCUUUCAUGAAUGGUUGUGUGUAACAGUGCUGUCAGGGUUUCUACAGCUAUUACAGAGUAUUCAUCAAAGCUGGAAAAGUAUUACGUACAGUGGUACCUCAGGUUAAGUACUUAAUUCGUUCCGGAGGUCCGUUCUUAACCUGAAACUGUUCUUAACCUGAAGCACCACUUUAGCUAAUGGGGCCUCCUGCUGCCGCCGUGCCACCGGAGCACAAUUUCUGUUCUCAUCCUGAAGCAAAGUUCUUAACCUGAAGCACUAUUUAUGGGUUAGCGGAGUCUGUAACCUGAAGCGCCUGUAACCUGAAGCAUAUGUAACCUGAGGUACCACUGUACAAGGGAAAGGAUCCAGGAGAAGGGCACAAAUGGAAAACAGGGACCAACUAUUCCUGAUAGCCAGCCUAAUUGCCCCAGAGUAAGACAAUGGACAGAGGGUGCAUUUCCUCUUCAAGAGGUGGCAUUCAAACAUGUACAAUCUUGAUGCUGAACCAAUUGUGUUGAAUGUAGAAGCACAUAUAGAUAUGCCUUUGCAUGGCAUUUGGAAAUGCAUUUAUGGCAGAAAUAGCACAUGUGUUGCAAAAUACCCACUGCAGCACUUCUGGAAGUUUGUAACGCUGGCUGUCGAGCUGACAAUAUUUUUGUCCCUUAGGUCACCUACUCACAGAUUCUACCAGAUCCUGAGUUUGUAAUAAGUCAGGGACAGCCUUUCAUUUUAAAGACCCAUGAUAUUUUAUGUUUGUUGUAAUUGUAACUUUUUGCACUGAAGAUAAAUUAAUUAUUGCUUCAGAACAAAUACACUUGAAUCAGAGAAGGGGGGGAAGAGAGUGAAGGACCCAUAUGGAUGCCAUGUACACAAUACUGAAAGUAUUAGUUAUGCUGUCAUGCAGGCAUGCAGAUGAAAUAGUUAGCUCUGGGAGGAAGAGCAGAGAAAAUGUUGCUUGUACUGAUGCAGCCGAGCUUUUGGAUCUGGAAGCGUUGCACUGAUAUCAAGCAAUGGAUGAGUCACUGGCUCAGCGUUGCUUGUCCUGAAAUUCCACUGAUAAUUGUAAACAGUAAAAUCCUUCCUAUUGUUUUCAUUAAGUAUCUGUUUCAAGAUUAUGGUGUGCAGUGAGAUGUUGCUACUUCUUCCAGUUUAAGUAGUAGUGUGUGUGGGGGGGGUGUACAUGCACACAAAUGCACACAUGGGACCUACAGCAAAAUAUUGCAUUGUAAAGUGCUUGUGUUCAGGAUGCCAUUUUGGCUACAUGAGGCUUGACACUUGGCAAAUGAGUUCAUUAUCAUUGUGUGUGGGAUGCUUAUGUAUAUAUAUUUGUAUUUUGGACCACGAGAAGAACAAACAAGUAGGGGAAAUAAUAUAUGGAUAGAUAAGAAUAGAAAAUUAUUCUGCAUGUUGAUUAUAUCAUUUUUAUAUAGGUUUAUUCUUAUCUCCUUUUAUUUGUGAUUCACAGGUUGAAAACUCUUUUAGCAGCACAUUAAGUACCCUUUUAAUGUCACCCUCACUUGUGAUGUGCUUAAUUAUUUUUUUAAAAAACAUUUUGUUUAACAUGUCUCUACUACUAGUCAAACUAUUUUUUAUUUUUUUUGCAUAUAAUGUAAAUUUAAUAGAUUUUAUGGUGGUCAGGGCAAUACUUCCUUAUUCUCCUUAUUCUCCUGAUAUCUCUAAAAUUUAAGAUGCUGGGGGAUAGCAAUGAAUGAUAGGAAAAGCAGAACUCUGCUAGUACCUUGGGUUUUUGUAUACCGUUGGACUGAUCCACCAAGAGUAUUAUAUUUUCUUUUUUCAUAUAUUUUUAAGUGUGCAGUUCAGCUCUUGGGCAUUCCUUAAUGCUCAUCCUUAACUGUUACACUGUAGAUGUUUUUGUACUGUGAUUUUCUUUUCCAGCUGUGGAAGGAUGUUAAUUCUUUUACUGGAAGUUUUACCAGCUGAGCCCUGUCCCUGUGUGUGUCAUUAAGAUACGCAUAAAGAAAUAAAACACAGCAAUCUUAAUUUUGGAAAAUGGUGAAUUACAAUAAAAUGCAGUAAAACUGACAGUUAAGUUAGUAGGUGAAACGAUUUUGUUGGCUGAGCUCAGAAUACUGGAAUUUUAGUGUAUGAAAGUGAUGAGAGGCCCCGAUCCAGAGAAAAUUAGUUACAACAAGAGUUCCACUGAAAUCAAGGAAAUGUUGGUAGUAACUCACUUAAGUCUCCCUGAUUUCAACAUCAUUCUAGAUUCAGGUAGGUAGCCAUGUUGGUCUGACGCAGUCGAAAUAAAUUAAAUUAAAAAAUUGUCCAGUAGCACCUUAGAGACCAACUAAGUUUGUUCUGGGUAUAAGCUUUUGUGUGCAUGCUUCUUCAGAUACACCUGAAAAAAUCAAUUUUUUAUUGAUUUUAACAUGGCUUAGGCAAGGAUCUGUUCCAGGAUAUGUAUGUCUGUUCCAAAAAUGUUCCAAAAGUUCCAAAAAUGAUAAAUUAGAUAUUUGUUUCAUUAAUUAUUUGAGUGUGUGUAUGCCAACCUAGCAGUUCGAAAGCACGUCAAAAGUACAAGUAGAUAAAUAGGUACCGCUCCGGCGGGAAGGUAAACGGCGUUUCCGUGCGCUGCUCUGGUUCACCAGAAGUGGCUUAGUCAUGCUGGCCACAUGACCCGAAAGCUGUACGCCGGCUCCCUCGGCCAAUAAAGCAAGAUGAGUGCCGCAACCCCAGAGUUGGCCACUGCUGGACCUAAAGGUCAGGGGUCCCUUUACCUUUACCUUUAUGAUCUACAUAUAUGAAACCUUUCCAGUGGCUUAAAUGAGACCUGGGCCUAUUCAGUAAAUAACCACUUACCACCAUUUUUUCAUUGCUGUGUUAAUAUAAGUGCAGCACUUUUUAAAAAGCUGAGUAUGAAUCAGCUGUGGCAAGAAAGCAAAGUCACCUUAAAUGAUUCAUUCAUUCUGUAAGAAAGCUAUCUCUGAUCUAUGGCUAACACCUAAUAAAAAAGAAAACAUGGCAGCUUAGCUUGAUAUGGUGUAGCUGUUACUUCUGAGAACCUGAUCCUGGGCAAUGGAGACGGUUCAAAAGGCUGAAAUAAUGUGGGUGGGGAGGGGAUCCUAAACUUAACUAGUGAUCCCAUUAUUUAGCUAAGGUCCAGAAAAGUGGCAACUAAGAGAAUGGAAGGACAAUAAGACAUUAAAAUGGUCCUGUCAGGUGGUAUUUUGUGAAGAACUGAGAGAAUGGUGCUCUUUGACUUUGUCAGAAGGUAGCAGACGUUAUCAACAGUUAAUUUUUUGAUAAAUAAAAGCACACACAUAGACAUGAAAUAGCUAAUAUUUGGAAUAGGCUCAAAAUAUUCUGUAACUUGAACGUCUUCAUUUGAGGAGAGCAUGGAGCAGGGUGUGUGUAUGUGGCCUCAGUAGGGGUGUGGCUUGGGAAAGAGGCCUGAAGAGUUUUUGGAGAGCUGAAGGGCCACAUUCAGUCCCUGGUCCUGAGGUUUCUUACCAAUGUUUUUGAAAAUCCUUAAAGAAGUUGCACCAGUUUACAUCACUUUAAAUUAAGAUUUGAGUCAUGAACAUACAUGUUUUCAGUGUUGAAGAUUUAAAUGAACAAAUUGUCGUUCCAAGAAUGUGGAUUGUGUGAAACUUUGUAAAGUUUGGCAUGCAGGGAAGUAUGGUGUGGUUGUUUCAUCAUAGUAUUCAUUUACAUUAACCUCACUCAUAUUGAAUGAACUACAGAUCAUUCCACUUUAGGCAGAUUUUGUGAUAAUCGUUUGUGAAGUAAUCACAUGGCAGCUUCACCUGCUACUACAGUUUGCUUGGAUCUAAUCAACCCAUAUUUGUAAGAUGACAAAGCAGUGCUCAUAAACUUUCUAUCUUUGUACCAUUCUACUGCACAUAAGGGUGAUGUGGAAAAAGUAAGAUGUUGAUAAAAGCAGAUGCAAGUUUGCUGUAUGUUGGUUUGUACAAUUAUAGCACAAUCUGUGCAUGCUGUUAGAUCAGCUUGUUGGAUAUAAAAUGGUUUCUUAAAAUUAUUCCCUCACGGUGACAUAAAAUGUGCAAUUUUGUGGAUUGCACAUUUGUCUGAAAUAUGACACACACAGCAGUGAUUUAUUCAUACUUUUGCCUCUGCUGUACGUCAUGCCUGAAUCACAGUUUUCCCCAUAACAGUAUAAGAAGGACAACUCAGGCCAAGCAAUUUGAGGUACACAAAGUACACCAUUAAAAUGCAUUGCCCUAGCUGGAGCAUUCCCUUCUUUGAAGUGCUGACCCAUCUUUAACGGAGUUGUCAGGUUUGCAUCUGCAGACUAUGUUCAUGAAAGAGUCCCAUGUGUACUUGAAAAGGCUCUGAGUCGCAGAGCUCUUGAUUAGUGUGCAUGAGUCCAACUGUAAAUAGUUGCCAGCCUCUCAUUCUUGUGUCCGUCUGUCAUUCCACCAGGAGAUCUCAAGCUGCUGCUUCACUACUGGUGAUGGUGGAGGUGGGCAGGGUGACCACAGGUGUGUGUGUGUGUGUGUUGUAAACUGCUUAGAGAUUCUGUUUGCAUUCAAGCAGUAUGUAAAUUUUGUACAUUAUCACAAACCUAGCCUACUCUAGAUAACGCUUUUCGCAUUGAUCUGCAGACAGCUCCAUUCAUUGAUAGCAUUUUAUACCUCAGUGGAACUUUUGCCGGCAAAAACUGUAGGACAUGAUGGAACACUAAAUGUUAUAUUGUAUUAUCCAGCAGUGCUGCACCUCAUGACCAAGAUACUUCUGUAAUGUUUACCUGCAAGCAAAUACUGCAAGAUUCCCCACAAUGUUUAUUAAUAGAUUCCUCAAUGUAGGUUCUACCUCUUUUAUUGCUUCUUGUACAGUGGGGCUGAGGGAAAUGAUGAAUUGUGGUGGGGUGGGGGCUUUAAUUAUUACAUUUCUUUUUUUAUUUAUUUUACAGCAAACUUUAUAAAAGAAAGAAAAAGUGAUGAACGGAAUAGAUCAUUAAAGCCUCAUUAGGAAUUGAAGAUAACCAAGGGGUAUUAAUUGCUAUUCUCACAUGGAACAGGAAGCAAUAAAAUGAGAAGACCCUACAAGCAGGAAGCUUUUAGUUAAAGGCCUAGAAGCUUCACUAGUGUACAUCAUAUUACCCUUUUGUAUUAUCAGCCACCUUGUUAAGUAAGUAGGUUAAGUACCAGUGCCUGAUUCAAGGUCACAAUUGAGUGUGGAUUUGAAUUCUGAAUUUCCUGGUCCAAGUCCAGCACUAUGUUUGCUAUACAAUGGUACCUCAGGUUAAGAACUUAAUUCGUUCUAGAGGUCCGUUCUUAACCUGAAACUGUUCUCAACCUGAGGUACCACUUUAGCUCAGGUGGCCUCCUGAUGCUGCCAUGCUGCCGGAGCACGAUUUCUGUUCUCAUCCUGAAGCGAAGUUCUUAACCCAAAGUACUAUUUCUGGGUUAGCGGAGUCUGUAACCUGAAGCGUCUGUAACCCGAGGUACCACUGUACUGGCUUUCAGAAUGUUUAAAACAUGAGAUCUCCCUCCCUUACCUGUAGUUCAAAGGGGUACAAUCCAGGAAGUUCUGCAGUGUGUGCUAUUUUUGCAUGUUAGAAUCUUUAGAACUUUUCUGAUUAUGAUUGCGUGUACAUUGCAGGUAUCCUACCCACUGUCCAUAACCUUAUCCUACAUUAAUUUAGUGGAAAGUCCAAGUAGAGUCUAAAAACUUAGAACUGUAUGCACAAUUAGGGUCCUUUCCUUUUUGAGGGCACCUGAUAAUGCAGAGAGAGACUACACAAGUGCAAGUUGUAAACUUGUAGACUUUAUCCUUACCUUCCCCUGAAUAUGGAGAUCAAGAGGAGGGAUGGUGCAUCCCUUUCCUUCCAUUUAAUGUGUGAAAAGGGCUUCUAGCUUCAAAGUCAUGAGCGGAAGGAUGAACACCCACACAAGCGUGUUGGUGAUUUCCAAUUACUUCUUCCGUAAGAAGGAAACAGCAUGUCAGCUUGCCAUUAAGGAAAUGCUUUCCACUAUUUCUAGUACUGUGUAACUAAAGCUUUUCUAGACGGGAGAUAUAUUUCCUUAUGUUUAUAGCAUUUCUUUAAUUUUAAGAUUGUGAGUGGGGGAGUUUUCUGUUGGCAAACAGCAAUUAAAGCUUGAACUUGGUGAAAUAAACUCUGAAAAAGAAAGAAAGAGGUUACCGGCAUACACUUGAUUUGGCAAUGUCUCAAAAUAGCCAUUUGUCUGAAUUAUUCCAUUCUUGCUGGCAGUUCUUUCGUCAGAAAACAAAGGAAUAAGAAACUUGGAUUGAGCAAGCUGAUCUUGGUAAACAAGGUUACUAUGAUACAUAGCUACAGUAGCAUGCAGCCAAUUCUUGUUUUUAUUUAAUCAUAGUUAAACAACAGUGGGCUAAUCAUGUUGACUAUCUAAUGGUAAAUUAAAUAAACCAUUGAAAUGUAAGGACUCCCUUCUUUAAAACAGAAGUAGUAGGAAACCUGUGUAGAAUUAGCCCAUUAAAUAAUUCAGACACAAGCUUUGUGGCAGGUAAAGGCCAGUUUGUAACUAGAUAUCUUAAUAAGAACAGCAGCAAAUUAAACUAAGUGUAUAGAGUGCGUUAGUUUUGGUUCCAGACAACUGAGACAGACAAUGUAAGUAAGGUGAGAUCUUUUGUUCUAAAGGUCUUCUAGCUGUCGAAGUGGGAGGUGGACUUUCCCAGCAAGGUGUGGAGAGUUGCCAGAGUGGCUUCAGAUUUCUUUUAUUUUUUUAUUGACAUGAACAAUUUAAAAAACAACAACAAUCAAAGCAUAAUAAAACAUUAAAAGUUCAUAACGGGUAAAAAAAUAAAGAAGAAGAAGCAGCUUGCAAAAAACCCAAUUCGCAAAGCCUUGUGAAUAGUAGUGGUGAUAUUAAUAUAAAAAUAGUAACAACAACACGUUUUCACCUGUCUCUCUGAAGUAAGACACGUGAGUCCGACAAAUGGGCUUCCCAGGCUCUUGGGGCCACUAUUGAGAAAGAAGGAUGUCUUUUGACCUCCCUCAGUGUCUCACUUGGGCCAAGUCAGACAAACAGAAAUGAUGAGAUUCUUCUUUUAGGCUUUGUGUUUUCACUACAGCACCAUUAGUGCAUACUAUCAUUUACAGAGUACAGUGGUACUUCAGGUUAAGAACUUAAUUCGUUCUGGAGGUCUGUUCUUAACCUGAAACUGUUCUUAACCUGAAGCACCACUUUAGCUAAUGGGGCCUCCUGCUGCCGCGCCGCCAGAGCACGAUUUCUGUUCUCAUCCUGAAGCAAAGUUCUCAACCUGAGGUAAUAUUUCUGAGUUAGCGGAGUCUGUAACCUGAAGCGUAUGUAACCCGAAGUGUAUGUAACCCGAGGUACCACUGUAUCAUAAACCUAGCAACUCCCCUAUGAGGAAAGAUUACACUGUCUGGGGCUUUUAAGUUUAGAAAAAAGGUGAUUGUUUUUAUAUGAGGAGGUGCUCAUUUAUGCCACCAGACACCCACAACUAGAAGAGCUGCAUGGUGUGCUAUUUCUGCACAUUUUAAAUGGCUGCUGUCCUCCUGCCAAUCUGUUUACCUGGGGCCAAGCGUGAACUGUGUCAGAGGAAUAGUAUGGGCUCCGUGCCUUCCUGCUGGGGAGGCUCAAACUGUCCUAGGGAGACUCACUGUAUGAAAAGUUCUGUUUUGUAAAACCAUAUUGAAGAAAGAGUGAAUUGAGUUAAGACCUUAAUAGACAUUGUAGAUUGCUAUAGCACCCUGUGGCUUGGUUAAAUAACACAGCAAGCCUACCCCACCUUCUUUGUCCAGUAUAUGUAGAUUGCAGUUUGGUGCUUGCAGGAGUAUUAUAGCAUUGUGUAAACAAAGGUUGAAAUAUGACUAGCACCUGCUUUCCAUUGCUGAGAAUGUUCUAAGAUGCUUGUAGACCUAUAAUUUCUGGAGUGUUAGGUAUGCCUGCUGAGAUUGCCAUGAACUCAAAAACUUAUGUUGACCACUGUAUUGAUCUCUGCUAGCCAUAACAGACUGGGGAUAAGUGGAAUUAAUGUAAGCAGCACAAGGGGAAGGGAAAAAAAAAAAAAGAUUAUUGUGCAAUUGCCCCAUGCUAGCUGGAACUUUUUUCCUGGCACCUUUCACUGGUUUUCAGGUUGAGGCUCGGGAAUUUCCUAUCCACAGAAAUGGGGGGGGGGGACAUCUUUGGAGAACCUCUGAUAGAGCAUGCAGUAUUGGGCAAGAUGGACUAAUGGUCUUGUGUGUGUGUGUGUGUUUCUGCUUGCUCACAUAAGCACAUGUCCCCCCCCCAUUAUCUCAGAUUCAUAUUUUCGUAUAACAGACAACACAUUUUUCUUCUGCAUAAAAUGUUUCCUUUAUCAGAUGAAAUAAGACUGUACCUGUAUUAUUAUUAUUAUUCAUAUGCAUAUUUUCUGUGGGUGUUUCUAAUCUCUUUGUGUAGAGAAUGUAAGCACAAUCAGAAGUGGCAACUAUGCCCAAAGCAAUGUCAAACUUGUAACAUUGUAAUCUCCUAAAAUUUUGAUAACAAAAUGCUAACAACAGAUUAGUAACAAUUCACACUGGUUGAAACUGAUGUUAUAACUCUCUGCUAUCAGUACUGAAAUUAGCAGUUGGGUUGCUGCCACAAAGGCAAUGAUAUGUAUCUGCAGUUCUUUUUUGUCUUGGCAACUAGUGCAUUCUGGAGAUGGAGAACUGAAAACCUGGAAUGGAAGUUGAUGUUGACUAACCACUGAUGCCAUAUGCUGAGUCUUCUCAGCUAAUGGGUGAAUGAAUAUUAGACAUAUCAUGUCUUAAAGAAUGUGGUUCUUGAAUUCUAACAGGUGAAACAAAGAGGAUAGUAGCAGUGAUUAUUCAAAGAACAUGGUAUCAUUGAAGAGGUUGUGCAUAAAGUACAGUAAACCCCAGCACGCCCAAUUCAAUUUCUAUAAUAGAAAUUACAGGCUGCUCCAAUCUUUGUCAACUGGUGUGAGAUUCCAGGGGUCUUGGCACUCAGCCAGGUUUGUGGUUCCUUCAGAAAUUAGGCACAGCAGACACUGCAGUGUCUUUAUGAAAUAUGGUCUUUAUGAAAUAUCUUUAUCUAAGAUUUAGUAAAAAUCUUAAAAACCAAAAAAGCCUCAUAGCAAUAUAUACACAUGAGAGGGUAAGCUAAGGGUCUUUGCCACAACAGGGUGCUUGCUGGAGACUUCACAUGAUGUGAUUCUCAGUUUUGUGAAAGUGUCCAACAUAUGUUCAACUCCUGGGCUACUGCAGUGGUUAGAAAUUCGGUAGAUGGGGCAUGGAUAUCAUAUACCAUACUUUUCUGUGUAUAAGAUGAGCAUUUUUUAUUUAAAAAUUAUGUCCAAAAUUGGGUGUCUUCUUAUACAUGGAUAGUGCAUAUUUGGAAGUUGGGAUUGGUUUGUGUCACGAGCUGGAAAUUGUCAAGCGGGUAUUUGGCAUGUUAUUGGUGUCUGUGACAUGGGUUGUUGUUGAUUGGCUGUCACUACAGCACUAGGGUGGGUGAUUGGCGGCUUUUGGUGUUGUGGGGACAGACGAUAGGUGGCCUUUGUGACGUGUGCAAGUGGUAACGUAGGUCAGGCGGGUGAGCGAUUUUUGACAAUUCCCCCUAAAAAAAGCUGCACAACAUUUGGCCACCCCCCCAAAAAAGCUCAACAACUCAGGGCACUCCCCCCCAUUUUCUUAAUUUUGCAUCCCCCAAAAUAGGGGGCAUCUUAUACAUGGAGGCAUCAUGGAAAAAUAGUAUGUUAAGUAUGGUACGGUAGUAUGUUAAGAAUUGGAAUGAUAACCUAAGGAAGAGGAAUUGUGGCGGGAGGAAAGAGAGAUGCUUUAAAAAUGGGCCUUAUCAAGCAUUGGAGAGUAAUAUUUUACAUACUUUCAGCAAAACAUUUCCUUUGAAGACAGUAGGACACUCUGGAUCCCUUGCCCUGCGUUUUACCUUUCAUUUAUUGUUCAUUGCCACAAGAACAUAAGCAGAGCCUUUCUGGAUCAGAGUAUCCAUUUAGCUCAGCAUUUCAAUUGAAACACUACUCUGACCUGAAAACCAAAGCAGGCAAACAGUGAGCACAGUCAUGCUUUUGAUUUGUACAAGAGAUUUCUUUUUUUAAGUACAGAAGGAGCCCAUUGUGCUAAUUUCAAAGCUGUUUCUUCAAAAGAAGUCUUCACCUGUUCUUGAAGUCUCUAGUUUUUCUUUGUAAUAUAGCCAGACAUUUUCACACAUUUGUGGUUUGACUUCCAUAAGUAUUCAUAUCCACAUUACCAGUAGUUCUAAAACCUGGCUAUUAGUUUAUGUUCCUGGAUGAGCUUCCACCACUUUUGGUUUAACCACUUGACCCUUUGUGGUGAUCAUUGUAGCCUUUAUGUUGUUUUACAGUGGAUGUGAAUCACAGUAAGUGUUUUGUAUACGAAAAAACCAUAAUACGAAUCAGUAUGAGGCAUUUGUAGCUUGACACCAUUGGUACAAACUGAAUGGAACAAAUAAAUGUCCAACUUUUGCUAUUCUUGCCAUUUGCAUUUUGCAGUCACAAGUGAUUGACCUGGUAGGAAGGAAUUUGAUUGUGUUUAAUACUUUGUUCAUAGCUAUGUGAAUUAAAUAAACUGGAUAUGAAAUGUACAUUAUGACUCAAAUGCUUCUAGUUGUCCAAAAACUUUUCUGUUGUGUAAUCUGCUGAAUCACCAUUAGCAAGUUACAGUGUCUGUGCAUUUGAGCCUUUAUUUGCAAAAAAACAAAAAACAAAAAUAGAACCACUAGUUGCUGAUAUUAUGGAGCAAAGCUAAGUUUUAAUCAGUGUCAGAUAUCCGAAGGAAAGAUAUGCUUGCUUUAUUUAACCAUGACCUUCCUAAUACCUUUUAUAAUUUAAUGAGAACUUAUAAGCUGCUUCCUAUAUUAGUUUCCAAACCAGAGUAUGGAAACAGAAAUAUAGAGCUUGUUCCAGUUGAACAUAGGCACAGUGCAUGGAUAUAUGCAGAAGAGUCCUAGUGGCUUUAUUCCUUGUUUUCCUACCAAUGUGAGAGUGUUAAGUUGAAUAGCAGGGAAAAGGAGAUUUAUACAUGUGUUUUGUUUCCCAUGAGUUACUUGUGCUCCAGAGCAUAAAAACCUCCAUAUGUGUGUGCUAUGCUUGUCCUUGACUGAAUCCAUAAUAUCAGGGGAAGCUUACUGCAAUCUGGGCUUCCCAACACAUAUAUCUCUUAACAGUGCAGACAUUUAUAUUGAUUUAUAGUUCUGAUGGUUAUUAGUGUGUUUGUGUACUUCUGUAUUGCAGCUUAUGUAUUGUACCCCACCCAGACCUCUGAUGAAGGCUGUACAUAUGACUACAAAUAUCUAUGUAUUUAACCCAAAUACUAUUUGGGCAAAAUAACUUGGUGAUGCAUUUGUAUACAUUUCCCUUAAUUAAAAUUCACACUGUGUAGUAUGUGUGUGUGUGACUUCAUAUGCCUCGUAUCUCUAUGCACUGUUGGUGUGAGCAUCUACUCUUGGGUUUUCAUUUAUUUCUGCAGCAGAGUUCUUUUUACAGAAAAGUUUUCCUGCACCUUCUACUUCUUUACAGCAGCAGCAGCAUUCCAGCUAUCUCUUAGUGAAAUUCCCAUUACAGUCAUACCUUGGGUUACAGAUGCUUCAGGUUGCGUUUUUUCGGGUUACGGACCCGCUGAAACCCCGAAGUACCGGAACAGGUUACUUCUGGGUUUCGGCGGCCGUGCAUGCACAGAAGCGCUAAAUCACACUUUGCGCAUGCUCAGAAGCACUGAAUCACAACCCGCGUGUGCGCAGACGUGGCACUGUGGGUUGCAAAAGCUGUGGGUUGUGAACAUGCCCCCCGCAUGGAUCACGUUCGCAGCCCGAGCGUCCACUGUACAGGAAUAGAAUCAUAGAAUCAUAGAGUUGGAAGAGACCACAAGGGCCAUCGAGUCCAACCCCCUGCCAAGCAGGAAUAAAACCAUUUGGCUCAGAGUCUUUAUUAUUUACAAAACUUUACAUUGGUCAUCAGUAAAGAACAAAACAAAUAAAGAAACAUAAUCUUUUCCUCCUUUUAGCCAUCCGGCCAGAGACCUAACGCUGACUCAUUCACAUUCUCAUUCUCAUUUACGCUGACCCCAACUUAGUUGAUCUCAUGCCCUGAUAAGGACACCUGUUCCUGGGGAAAUUUUCCGUUGCCUAGCAACUUGUUCAAGGCCAUUUACAAGUUUCUUCUAGAAUAUUCCAACAGCCCUCCUGACUUGAAAUUCUGCCUUGAACACCUGGUAUUCUCCCCCCUCCUUUUAUUCAGUAAGUCCCAAUUCCAUAGUCAGCAUUUGAAAUUUUACAGCAGUCAAAUGCUUUGUAAAAAUAUCUGUAGUCAUAAGCUCUGUGGAACAAUACCUGAGCUUGAGCCACACUUUAAAAAUGCAAUAUUUCACAUGUGCAUAGAGUAUAUCUAAGUGUUUUGUUUUAGGUAGUAUCUGGGUUAGCGGAUCUGUAUCCUGAAGUGUAUGUAACCUGAAGCAUAUGUAACCCGAGGUACCGCUGUAUGAUGAAUGGUUCCUUUAAGGUAUCUUAAAACACAUUUCAUUGCAUUCCAAUCUUGCUGUGUUGGCUUGGACAUUUUUCUGCUAAGUAUGUCAGUUGCAUUUGAUAUGUCAGGCCUGGAUAUGUUUGCUAAAUAAAGCAAACUUCCAAUUACACUUCUGUAUUUGUCAAUAUCCUCAAAUUCUUUUUCAUCAUCUUGCUUUUAAUAUUCUAGAGUCAUUGGAGUAGCAACUGGAUUACACUUCUCCAUGCCAUUUGACUCCAGCAGAGCCUGAAUUUUACUACUUGGGCUAAUCAGAAAAGAGCCUGAUUCAUCUCUGUCUAUUUGCAUGCUUAGGUAAUUUGCCUGUAAUCUGUUAGAAGUUAGAUUUUUCUAUUUUACCUUAUCCAGUCAGCUGUUCCAACCAGUAAGAGCUCACAAGCUGGGUGUUGCUCAGUGGUUAAUAAAUAAAAAAGGAGAAGACAAACAAGCAAGUCAACAUUAUUCUAGAAAAGAACACAAUAUGUAUUACAGUGUUCAUUUACCCUUUGAGUCUGAAAAUUUUAAAGUACAGUCGUACCUUGGUUUUCGAACAGCUUAGUUCUCAAAUGUUAUGGCUCCUGGUUUGCAAACUAUUUUUGGAAGCCAAACGUCCAGUGGGGAUUCUGCAGCUUCAAAUUGGCUGCAGGAGCUUCCUGCAGCCAAUCAGAAGCCGUGCUUUGGUUUCCAAACGUUUUGGAAGUUGAACGGACUUCCAGAACUGAUUCUGUUUGACUUCCAAGGUACGACUGUAUUGUAAAUUGAUCUUGAUUUUCUUGUUUUAUCUAUUUGUACACCACUUUCUUGUUGUUGUUGAUGAUGAUGAUACAAUAAAGUGGUGUACAAUUUUUUAUGAAAUAAAUAAAAUCAGCUGGACUCCAACUUAGUCUAUAGGAGUGGAUCCCUUAGAACUUACCUUUAGAGAUGAUGGAAAGUUGACUGAAACCACCAGCCAUUAUUGUUGAGAAGGCAGUUCUGGAUGAAUUCUGUCUCUAGUAUUUUUAACUGUCCAAUCCCUGACCCACUGACCAAGUUUAUAUGGCAUGUUAAACUUUAGUGAAAUGUGCAAAAGCAAGAAGGAGUUGCCAUGAGCCUUAGUCUCUUGUGGUCCCCCUCGCUUUUCUCCUACAGCCAGAAGGAAGACUUCAGUAGGCUUUUGCUUUGCUGAAUCUUGCUUUCCUUUGUCCUGUGCAUCACAGCUUGUGGUUUAUAAUGAAUGUUGGUUAAUUUAACAACCCAUGGUUCAAAGUUUACUUGUUUUGAAACUGAGCUUCUUAUAUGCCCAGAUGACAAAACAAGCUGAGAUUUGGGGAAAGUGGUGUGUAUGUGUGUUGGGAAGCUGUUGAAGUCCUCUUCCUGGCUACCUGGUUGGAGGCUUGUACUGGCUCCUUCCAUACCAUGCACAUUUCACUGGAUGCUAAGUUGCACCCUAGCCUGUUUUGUAAUACAGGUUUAACAGUUGUUGAUGUAGGUCUGACUGUAUAUAAAUUUAAAUCCCCCAUUGGUCAGUGGGAAAGAAAAUCAAGGGGUAGCCACUAACAAGUUGUGCCAUCAGUCGAGAUCUAACCAUGGACGGAAGGAGUAUUGGGUAUGACACAUGUGUGCUCCUCUCCUGUGCUGCCCAUGACCCAUCUAUGUUUCUGCCCUGUUUUGCCUUGCAUAUAUGUUUGGUGGUGGAGCCGCUCAGCCAGCAGAACGACUCUGCUAGCAUAUCUGUAACUGUGGUGUCAUAUCUCGUAUUCCUCUAGUGCAGGGUUUCCCAAAUUUCGGUCUCCAGCUGGUUUUGGACUACAGUUCCCACCAUCCCUGACCACUGGUCCUGUUAGUUAGGGAUGAUGGGAGUGGUAGUCCAAAAACAGCUGGAGACCUAAGUUUGGGAAACGCUGCAAGUGUAUUGGGGCUUCUGCCAAAUGCUAAAACCUUCUUGACCAGUGGUUCUUGAGAAUCUGUACCUCGUGUCAUGCACAUGGCUGAUUAAAUUAUUGUUUCUUUGCAUAUGAGUAGAAACAAUAGUUCUGAAGCAAAAAUUAUACUUUCUUUUUAGGACUUCUGAGUAGACUUGGCAAGGAUUGUUUGAGCCCUAACAAAGAUGACUGAUUGGUUGUGCCCAUGUUUUGGAAGAAAAUGGGUUUUUAAAGUUGGUAUUGGUCACGGGGACUUGCUUGAUGCUAAAGACAGUUCCCUAAAUAUAUCUUGAGUUGGAGGAUCACGGUUAAGAUGCACACUUGAGUUGCAUGAAAUCUGUAAUUUGCAUAUCUUUCUCAUGAAUAUGCAAGUUCCUGUUCUGUGAACGCCUUGUACUAAUUCUAUCGCCCUCUGAUAAUAGUAACCUUUAAUUGUGAAAAGCUUUCAGUAACUCAUGGAAAUUUUUACUAUGUGGGUCAGAAUAUUGAGUGCUAAUAAUUUGUGGUGAAUUUGGGCUCCAUUUUAUCUUGAGGUUUCUUAUUUAAGUAAGUCACAUAUUUAAAUGUAUCUUUUAAAUCACAAGGGAUUAGGAGCUUGCUUUUUAUAUUUUAUCUAUAACAAUAGUGAACUGAAUCCUUAUGAAGUCUGAAUGGCCCUAUCCAUCAACAAGAGGGAGGUGUCAGCAUAAGAGGGAAGUAUCAAAGGUUUGCAGAAGUACAAAAAAACCACAUGCACAACCCUUUAGAAAAAGGCCCAAAGUGGUGGAGGACGUGAAAGACAGCCCAGUGAGGACUGACCAUGCUUAGUGGGCUUAGGACGGUAGUGAAAUGGAGUAUCCUGCAAAAGGGCAUGAACAUUUCUUGCUGAACAGGAGCACUCCAAACCACAGCAUUUUGUUGCCAUUUGUAUGUGUAUUAACUCAACAUAAAUAUUAAAACCUUGACAGAUUGAGCUUUGUAGGUAAAUGAGACUCUGGUUAUUAUGAUUUGUGGAAUUGUUGUAUUUUAAAUUGAUUUUAUCUUAUAUUAUAUUUCUGCAUUGUUUGUCCUUUUUUGUACAUCAUUUUGGAAUUUCUUCAUAUGUUAAAGCAGUUUGUAUAUAUUUUAACACAAAUAAUCAUACUGCUGUUGUCAGGUUUCCAAUGAGCUUUCAGGUUGUUCAAAAGUUAUUUGGAAGGCUGCAAAGAAUAUAUAUUGCCCCCAGCCAUGUGAAAUGACUUUUUGAUAUACUGUGAAGAGUCUUGUCAUUUCUAUCCUUUGUCCCACUAUGUUUCAUGAUGCGCAGCUUGAACAGAUUAGGGCCCACUGAAUUCAACUGAAGUUUCUCCCAAGUAAUUUAAGAAUUGCAGCCUUACUAUUUCUGAGGCAUGCAUCCAAAACUGUUAAUGGAUCUGCUUAUCCACUUAGUAAUGGUGAUAAGAAAGCUCUCUAAAUAUGCUUCUGAAGGCAAGGCAUUGAGAUAAGCUCAUAUUCAGAGUUUGCAUCAGUCAUUAUCUUGAAGUCUAUUUGAGCAGAACGCUCUGCCUUGACUUCAGAAACAUAGUGCUAGAGCAGGAUCCUCCAGCUUCUACAACCUUCAACAUGCUCUAGACUAGCUAGAAAAGUUGAGCUUUGUAUUUAUUGGGUGUGACCUAUUCCUCUGUGUGUGUGUCUGUGUGUAGAGGGGAGGAAUCAGUACCAGUAGCAUACCCACGACUACUGGAUUGUUCUGUCUAGGAGGUUUUUGCAUUUGUUACUCACUGAAUUACCUCUCACCAUGGAAAUAGCUGGAGCAGAACUUGUCCAACUGUGCAGAUCUUCCUACUGGAAUCAAAGAGUGUAGAUGUUGUGCAGUCUUGUAUAUAACAGCACAAAAGGUAACACCCAACUCUGCCAUUCCACUAGCAGAGCAAAUUUCCACUUGAACAAUGCAAAGUUAACUUGGUAACCCCCACUCAAGUUGCAAUAAGACAUACAAGCAAGGCAAACAUUCCCAUAAUAUAUACAAGCACUCUAGGACUAUAGUUCAGUCUUUUUCACAGGCUCCAUCAACAGUCUUAAGGGAGCCCCAAGGUUGGUAAAAGUUAUUUAGGUGGCUUGGCACCCACCCCCCCAAAAUGCCUAAGAGGACAGACUGUAGUCUUGUGGCCACAGGAUACUGACUUAGUGUUGCCAUUGGGUUUUUUUGUAGUUGGUGGGGUGAUGACAAACUAACUGGGUGGAAGCGGGAAUGGGAUGAAGCGCUGAAAUCCUGAGCAACAGCAUUGAGCACUGCAACAUUUUGUUGCAGGACCUGAUUGUUUGUAAUCUAAUAUCACUAUAUAUAGCUUAACUUCUAUAGAAAAAAAUUGAAAAUGUAGAAAUGAUUUUCCCUCCAUGAAAACCUUAGCAUUAUGAAGUUUGUUCACACAAUGGCAGAAUAGUUAAGUUGACUAAGUUUUGGGAGAGCUUUCCUGUGGUUAGUGCUUUUAAUAAAAUGACACUUUCUAGACAAUGCUGAAUUUGCAGCAACCCCUGAUUGAAAUAAAAAGUGUGUGUGUAUAUUUUGAUGCAUCUUACAGUGUUAAAACUGCUGGAGUGACCACAAUAUGAUAGAUGGUUUUCAUUCAGAAUCGCUAAAGAGCAGAGGAUCACCAAUUCUGCUAUUUAAGAAGAAAUAAAAGAAAAAUCUUCCACAGUUGGAAAAUUACAGCUUGUGUAGGUGUUAAAAACCCUCUGCUUCUCAUUUUAAAUUGACAGCAAGCCAGCCACUUGGAGCUUUUUUUUUUUUAAAGGAAAGGCCUCAUUUUUCUUUAGAAUUGCAUAUCAUCACACCACUUUUUUGCGUUAACAUACAGUUUACACAAAUGCUGGCUUCCUUUUUAUGCCAAAAUGAACGAAACUCUUCCCAUCCCCCCUGCCACAUCAUUUUAUUGGUUAACUUCACGGAAAAUGAUUCACAUAUAUGUGUUUAUUAUAGUAUAGCAUGUUAACAUGUGAUGAAGAUUUUUUUUUUUAAGCAGGAUUAAUAUGAAAAAGAUUUAUCUAGUACAGAAUUAAGAACUUCCCAUAAAGACAAAUCUUGGAAGCAAUUCAAAACUUUGCUAUAGUUUGAGAGACUGACACUGUGUACUUAACAUUUCCAUCUGGACCCUUUUAUUUUUUAAAAUAUGUGUGAAUUUAUUAACAGAAACAUGAACAUGUGAAAGUGCCUUAUACUGAGUCAGAUAAUUAGUGCAUCUGGGCAUACUGUCUUCAAGGUCUCAGACAGAUGUAUUUUCUAGUAACGCUAUCUGAAUUCCUUUUAACCAUAUAUGUUGUGAUUUGAAUUGAAUAUGUUGUGCAUUCAAUUUUGAGUUUUUUGUUAUGUGCCUCUUUCUACUACAAAUAAGCAAUGAGGUUAUUCUUAUGUUCCUUAUCUUUCUUCCCUCCCCAGCCCUUCAAAAGGACCCCAGUUGAAUAUCCCUAAAGUUUUUAUAACAGAUGUUAUAUUAUUCAAGGAUAAUGAUUCCCCAGUAUGAGAGUUGUCUAAUACAUAUACAUACAUAUACCGGUAUAUCUAUCUUUCUAUCUAUUAGUUAAAUUAGUGAAAUCCAAUAUUCUGCAUAAUAGCCUGCCUUAUUACUGAAGAAACCCAUUCUGAUUGUAUGUCAGGAUGUAGAUUGGAGUCCGUAACUGAACUACUGUAACUGAAUGUUGGUUUUCAUCUCAAAUUUGUCUACUAAGGGUAUUUCCCCAGCACUCAAGUUACAGUUUCCCCCAUAUAUAGCAUAAGGCUCAAGUGCCAGAACCAGCUAUUGUGAGGCUCCUAAAAUAUCAUCCCAUGCUCAUGUUAUAAAUUUGUCUCCUGUCCUGUAUGUAGAGAAGUCCAUGGGUGAGAAGAGAUUCUGGAAGGAGCAGGAGUAGGCAAAGGGGAAGGGCUGUAGCUCAGUGGUAGAGCAUUUGCUCUGCAUGCAGAAAAUGCUUGGUUCCAUCCUUGGCAUCUCCAGGUAGGGCUAGGAAGGGAUUCCUUGUCUGAGACCCUCGAGAGGCACUCCCAGUCAGCACAGAUUAUACUAAGCUACAUGGACCAAUACUCUAAUUCAGUAUUAUGCAGCUGCCUAUGUUCUGUUCCUAUGUAAGCCAAUCAAAAGCAUACCAGCCACUCAGUCAGUAGCAAGUACUAGCCUGGAGGAGCUGGACUUUGGACAACUCCAUGUUAACAGCUUGUUCCAACAAGGUCUGGAACCCAACUGAGCUGUUGUGGCAAGAAUGGACAGCCUGCAGCCCUACAAAUAUUUCUGGACUCCAGCUCCCAUUAGGCCAGGAAGCAUGGCCAGUGGUCACAGAUGAUGGGAGUUGCAGUCCCACAGCACUUGGAGAGCCACAAGUUCUCAAUCCCUGCUUUAUGGGGAGGAAUAUAGAAGGACCUUUUCCAUGUUCUGCUUCCUCUGGAUGAAAUGGUUGGUGGAUGAAGGAAGAGUAUCUUACGGUACUUUGAAAGCAGAGCUACAAUAAUUUGAUUCCAAGCACUUAGCAUCUUCACUCCUUUUGUUCACUGAGAUCCAGCUCUGUGAGAAGUGAAAUGACAAGGAAUCUGGCAGAGGGCCUUCUUGGUAGUGGCACCAACCCUGUGAAUGCCCUCUCAUCAGAUGUCAAGGAGAUAAGUAGCUAUGCAACCUUUAGAAGGCAUCCAAAGGCAGCCCUGUAUAGGGAACUUUUAAAUGUUUAAUGUUUUAUUAUGUUUUUAUAUAUCUUGGUAGCUGCUCAGAGUGACUGGGGCAACCCAGUCUGGUGGGUGGGGUACAAUUAAUAAUAAUAAUAAUAAUAAUUAAUAAUAACAACAACUGGUUAUUACAGAUUACUCUUGCUUGUGGUUUCAGGGUUGAGAUUACAGUGGUGCCUCGCAAGACGAAAUUUAUUCGUUCUGUGAGUUUUUUCGUCUUGCGAAUUUUUCGUCUUGCGAAGCACGGUUUCCCAUAGGGUAUUAACGAUUUUAAGAAAAAGGAAACAAACUUGCAAGACGUUUUCGUUUUUCGUCUUGCGAAGCAAGCCCAUAGGGAAAUUCGUCUUGCGAAGCAACUCAAAAAACGAAAAACUCUUUCGUCUUGCGCGUUUUUCGUCUUGCAAGGCAUUCGUCUUGCGAGGUACCACUGUACAUUCUUACCAAGCCCCCUCAAGUUAGCAGUUGCUUUAUUGGUGAUGCAAAAAUACUACUUGCUACACAUCUGGAAAUGAUAAGACUUUCAUUGGCUUGUAACAGUGUCUUGCCUCAGCUGCAUGUUGCUUCUGUUUUGGUAAAGCAAUUAAAAUGGUGUUUUAAGGAUACAUUGUGACUUUACUGAAUGCAUUUCAAUCACAUCACAUCGGAGGUAGAAUGUUUUCGUUGUGUAUUGUUAUGCUACUUCUAGUUAAUUAAAUGAAGAUUUGUGUUGCAUGCACUUUUAAAUUAAAUUUCAAAGCGUUAAAUACGUGUAAUUUAUGUAUUGUAAUGCUUAAACAAGAGAGAUAUGAGCAAAAGUUUUUUGGGUUUUUUUGUCUUUUGCUAAAGAUGUUCUCAUUGCAAAAUACUUUAAAACAAAUGUGUUUUUUUAUAAGUUCUGGUCAGGAUAUCCAAGGAACAAGCGUGGUUGCAAGUCUUCCAGUUCUGAUGCGACAGAAUCCUGCAGAGACGCUAAGAAGAGUCCUGCCAAAAGUUAGAGUAAGUGUAGUAUGCCUUACUUUGAUUCUUGUUUUUUAUCUUCUUUAAAAUAAUUGAAUGCGGCCCACAUCCCAUUCUUGCUAAUGACAAAGCUCCCAUUGAUUUUAACAAUUGUGAGUCAGACCUUCAAUAAAGAAGGCAACAAAAAAACCAUCUUUUUCAGAUUGAAUAACAUACAGUGGUGCCUCGCAAGACGAAAUUAAUCCGUUCCGCGAGAGUCUUCGUCUAGCGGUUUUUUCGUCUUGCGAAGCAACCCUAUUAGCGGCUUAACGGAUUAGCGCUAUUAGCGGUUUAGCGGCUAUUAAAGGCUUAAAGGCUUAGGGGAUUAGCUGCUAAAAGGCUAUUAAAGGCUAUUAAAGGCUUAGCAGAUUAGAUAAAGGGGGGGGGAAAGCGAAAAAAAUAUCUCUAGACUCGCAAGACAUUUUCGUCUUGCGAAGCAAGCCCAUAGGGAAAUUCGUCCUGCGAAGCGCAUUGAAAACGGAAAACCCUUUCGUCUAGCGGGUUUUCCGUCUUGCGAGGCAUUCGUCUUGCGGGGCACCACUGUACUCCACUAGCACUGUAUUCACUGUAGCACUGUAGCACUCCAAUAGCACUCUUUAUAAUUAGUGUAUUUGUGUGAGAUUUUAGUUAUUUAACCAUAUAUGGAAAAUUAAAACUGCUAGCUAUCCUGAUGAGAUGAAUGUAUGUUUAUUGCAUUAUUCUGGGAUAUCAGUGCUAUUGGUUUCCAAUAGUUGUCUCCAGUCAAUAAUUUGUCUACUGGCUUAUUUAUGUAUGCAUUUAAGGCUUGCUUAUACUAUCCUGGGCUGAGGGCAGAUUACAAAACAUUUAUAUUUUAUUUAACAAGGGAGUGACAGAGACAGGUUUUGACUCAAAAGGGCUUGCAAUCACAUACACACACACUCUCUCUCUCACACACACAAUGUUUUAGUUUGAAAACUUUAGACUUUUCACAAACCCUUAGGUAUAAUUUUAAUUUCCUCCUCCAAAACCCUAAGCUUUCACCAAGAGAACUCCUUCCACCCAGUUCAAACACCUGCUCUUUCAUUUACAUGUUUUAUGUGAUCCAAAGAACCCAUUAUUUAAGGAGCUGCUCAGCUAGCUCUGGGCACUUAGUGUGGCCUUGGAUUUGUCAUUCUUGAACAAUAGUGCUCCAUGCUGUGUUGUAAGAUGAAAAGGCCUAUGGAACACGCAGAAGCUCUUUGGUACGCCUAAAGUAGUGGAAGGGAUUGCAGACAAUAGUGCCUCUGUGUACACUGCCUGUGCUAAUGGAAUCCUGUUGUAGCUUGGAAAUGCUUGUAUAAAAUAUGAAGUUGCUUGAGAUCCGUAUUGGAAGCCAUGGUCCAAGUGUCCUUCCCAUCUGAGUUGAGGAAGGUGGAGACUGGUGACAGAGCAGCAUCCCAAGGGACGCUUGAAUGAUGCCUACCCUUCUAACUUUUAGGCACCAGAUAAAUACAUUCAUGGGGGGGGGUUGGAGCUUUUAAUUAGAUUUUUCUUUCAGUGCUGUUGUUUUUAUUGUUUUCUGGUACACCUAUGAAUUUCUACUUGUAUACAUUCUUAAUCUUACUGUUUCCUUUCAGAUUUUUUUCUCUCUAAUUGGCUUUGUAUGAACUAGUGUUUUAUUUUUGUUGUGGCUGCUUUGGAUAUUUAGGAUGUAAUUCUAUACUGCAGUCUGACAGUUGAGGUCCUAUAGGUUUAGACAUGAGCCUUCCUAUGCUGGUGGAAUGUGGCCAUGACUCAGUCAUCGAAGCCAUUCUGCUUAUGACGUUGUGCUGUCAGAAAGGCUGAAAUGGGAUGGGAAUGUGGGCAGCAUGGCAAAGAAGCACACUUAAUUUGUAUCCUGCAAAAUAAGUUUCCAUCUCCAUUGCAGAACUAGAACCAAGAAUUUUACUCCCACUGAUUUCAGAGUAAGGGGAUUUUUUUUUUAGCCAACAAUUAAAGAUUUUGACUGUGCUGUAUGUGUUGUUUCUUUGUUGUCAAGGAUUGAUAGACAGGGAUCCAUUUCCCCCACCCUAGUAGUGGAAUAUAGUGUUUUAAAAAAAUGUUUUUAGAAGUUUUUAUUGUUUUUAAAUACUUUAUUUUUAUUUUUAAAUUGAUUGCUUUGCUUCUUUGCUGUCUGCUGCCAUGACCUCCUUUUGGGAGGAAGCAUGGGAGUGAUGAUGAUGAUGAUAAUACUACUAAUAAUAAUUAUAUAUGACCUCAGGGGUGGGCAAGAGGCUUGAUGGGCUCUAAGACAGGUCCCCUGAUUGCAUGCUGCCAGGGUGUACGAGACAGUGAGCGGGGUUCAGAAGAGAUGAGGGGGGAGAAAGACGGGUUGAGAGAAGAACUCCAUGCCCUCCUGAGUCGGCCACUGGAGGUCACUGCUGUCAGUGUGUUUCUGUGGCUGCCUUCAUUGCAUAUCCUGGUCCCUGCUAUUGGCUGCUUGCCAGAAAAGUGGCUCAUGAACCCCUGAGUGGCUGAUGACCCCUUGUCCGUUCCUGUGUGUAUGUGUGCUCACGUGUGGUGCUUGUAAAACUGGUUGUGAGGAGCAUUAGGGGAUUCAAGCCCCUGUCCGUAGGGAGAGAUGCAUGGGGACUAGCAGUUGGGGGAACAUCAUUGUCUGCGCGACUGAGGCUGAUGGAGUGGGGCGGACGUGGUGUUGUGCAUGUUUUGUGUGUGGUGAAGCAGGUUGUGUGCCUUAGCCCCUUCAUGUAUGCUUACCAUGUGGUGGACGCUGGCAGAAUUUUCAGGGACGUUGUGGGUGUGUCUGUCAUUGCUAUGCUGUUUGUGUGUUUUCUGUGUUAUGUGUUUUCACUUUGUCCCCUUGGGCCAAGCACGCAUGGAUGCAGCGGCUGUUCCAUCAGUGGAGUGGCAGCACAAUAUUAACAUAGAAUUGCUCUGUCUAUUUUCGCAGCCUCUUCAGUCUGACUUACAGGAAGCAUUUCCCUUUUGUUUAAAGAUUUGUUCCCUUAGAUUUCCCUUUUGUUUAAAGAAUUCUAUUUUCUUUCUGUUACAAGUGUGACAUCUACUGAAGGGUUCAGUUGUUGUUAGUUGUUAGGUAUGUGGCCUUCUAGUAAGGAAGUAGUAGGAGUCCUAAUGAUAAAUUGCCCCCUUUUAAUUGGCUGAGCCAUGUGUGGCAUUUGAAAUCUUGCCGACUGAAGUUCUGGAACACAUCUGAACAUUUGUUUGUUGGUUCUUCUUUCAUUUAAGUUCUGAACAAAGUGGCAAUUUUCUAAUUUAGCCCAAGGGCUCUUUAAUAUAUUUCCAGCAUAUUCCCAUCCGCCUCUUUCUUCCUGCGUUUCCCUGAAUUAUUUGCUGGACUUUAAAGGUCAUCCAUAAUAGUGACUGUGGAGGCUUUGGGGGGAAACAGAACAAACGGAAAAGGAGUAAUAAUUGUAAGUGCUUGCAAGAGCCUCAGACUAUCAUUGCUAAUAAUUUGGGCUAAUCUUUUUCAUGUUGUCAUGGCUCUUAUUCUUAGGUGGUCUGCAAGCUGAAAGUUACGCUGGUUCACUUUGCUCUUUAAAAUGACAAGAUGAGAAGAAACCUUUGACUUAUUAAAAAUGUCAGCUUACUUGACUAUAGUGUUGUGAUAUGGGUAUCUUCUGACUUUUUACUGAAGGAAGAAGACUUCUAAGAAUAGCUUGACUGUGAGGUCUCUCUCAGCAGAGUAGGUGAAGAGUGUUUUGAAACAUACUUCCUGUUUGGGUGCUAUUUGGCCCUUGGGCUUCAGGCUCCCAUGUAACCCUCCUCAACUCUCACCUUUGCCCUCAGCACAGAGAAAAGGUACUGAGUGAGGGCAACCUUCUACCUUUAAAUCAUGAGUUCAAAUAAAUAGGAGGUUUCUCUGCUGCAUUCUUUUGUCUUCUGCAAGCAACAAGAUAAAUGGGAUAGGAAGUGUACAAGCCCAGAGAUUAUAUUCAGAAAAACAUGUGGGAGCUCAGAUUUUGUAAGCCAUCAAGGGUGUACACACUUAGUGUCCCUUCUUCAACCUUUUUGCAUUCAGUUCUGCAGUAACAGCAUUUUACAGAAUGCAAUUAGAUUUCUCCAAUUAGGAAUCCUGAUUAUGCGGGGUAGGACCAGGAGCCAGUCGAGUCAUUGGGGGAAAGGCUUGUGUGGACAGGCAUCUUUUCCCAACCCAUUAUAUGCCCACAUGUACUCUUUUGUUGCCUGGAGAGGGCUUAGGCCUGUUUCAGAUCCUACUCUAAAAAUAGCAUCCUCAUCCAAAGAAGACCUGGACAAGUGAAGUUUCUACUUCUUUGAGUUGCUGUUCAUAGCAGUUGAAUGUUAUAAUUUGAGAUGACUAUUGUUGCCAUUAGUAGUAUUGCACAAAGUUCAGGCUUGUUAGUAAUUAUUUAUUUCACUACUGUGGCAUCUAGAUUUUUCAGAAGUAUGUUAACAUAUUAAUUUGCAUUUAUUUGAAUAUACUGUAUAAGCUAAUUCAUUUUGAGAUUUCAGGAUAGCAUACAAGCAAUCAUUGGGGGGGGGGAUCUAAAUAUAACAAAAUGGCUUAAAGCACAACAUAUUUUGCAUUCUGUCAUCCUUAUCCAGCUCAGCUAACACAAUCAGAAAGGUCUUAUACUGCUUUCAAAAUAUUCACAGGUUUUCUGUAGGUAGUUUCACCAUUUCUUAGAAAACUUUAUUUCAGUGGAGUGGAAAUGGUUCUUCAACACGUUUUUUAACACACCCGACAAUAAACAGGGUUCUUACUUUGCCUGGGAACGUGGUUGAUAAUUGGAUAAUCUUGCACUAAUUAUUAUUUCACAUCCGAAAACUAGCUGGUCAGCUGAUGUGGAACUGCCAGGCAGUGACUUGUUCUUGGGUGUCGAAUAACAAGUAAAUCCAUGACUAUUUUGCCUCUCUUCUUAGAUAGUAUAUCAUUCUAUUAUGACUGUAGUCCAACCUGCUCCUGUUGACAUUAUUUUGUCAUAUAUCAUGGGCUGAAUAAUGAUUCUGCAUAUCAGCAUGGGUGGGGACUUGGCAAAAGCAGCAAUUAUGCCUGCCCUGUGUAUCCUUCCAUGCUUUAUGAAUCAUGGUUGGGCUACCAUGAAACCCAAAACUCCUCAGUCUCCCAGCUCAGUGCAGUCUUCCUAUUUCACUUGCAAAUGGCAGUUAAAGAGCACUCAAGCCAGGAGACAAGAAAUGAAUUAUUAUUAUUAUUAUUAUUAUUAUUAAAUUUGUAUACCACCCUAUACCUGCAGUUCUCAGGGUGGUUCACAGGAUAAAAUAUGUGAAGUCCCAUUUGUGAUCAUGUUUCAAACUAACAUUAUAAUAGUCUGACCUUAUGUAGUCUGGUUCUAACCUCUUUCACAUGAAUAGGAAGUGGAUCUGAGCUGCAGAAAUGAUUCAGUUGAGCCUUUCAUCCCAUCCUUGGCUCCCAGUCCUUUCCACCUGAUUUUUUCAUGACAGGAUGCAGUGGGAAAGAGUGAAACGAACACCAAGACUUAGGGUUUCUUCCAUAACUGGAACAGAAGCAAAGGGGGGGGCGCAUCUUGCUACUUCCUCCAAGGUUGUCACCUUUGACAACUGUCUUAUUUGUCUAAUGGGCAAGCCAACACUGUUCAUUCUGAGUUUCUUGCUAUUGCAAGCUAAGCAGCUGGUAUGUGGGAGAAGAUUGGAAGGAGAUGCUUAGUAUGCAUUAAAAAAAGGACAUGUAAUGGUUUGCUCCCGGAAUCUUGGGAUUUAUGCUGCUGCUUACAAGCUAGUUAAAUGUAAACCAUUCUGAGAAGAUGGAUUUAGACAGAGGAGUGGCUAAUGGGCAUGCUCUGACAUCCUCAAAUUACGGGUAUAAUAACAACACUGGUCCUCAAAACAUUCUUAUCAAGGUGUGGCAAUGUGAUAAAUACAGAUUUUGUACUGUAAAUCUGUGACUCCUGGCCUGUUACAUAUGUUCUAAAUAAUAGAAUUUUAGUGUAAGGUCGAUUGCUUUUGUUCUGGUAAUGCCUUAGGGGUGUAUCCAACACUGCUCAUGUAUAAACAGAGCAGACUUCUGCUUAUGCAAUGGGACUUCACCUUCCGCUCCUGCCUGCAGUCUGCUGUGUUCCCUCAAAAUCAGCUCCAAAUGAUUGAAGGAAUGCACUGGGACAGCUUUUGGUAGUGCAAGCGGGACUGCAGGGGAGAGCAGGGAAGUUAGGCUCCUCUUGUGUAAUAUUGGGUCCUUCCCAUAGUUAAUUUUCUUGCCGAAACUCAAAAGACAAGUUGGCUUAGUGCUCAAAAUGUCUUGCAAUCAGGAAUGCCAGAAGUGUGCACAUUACAUACAAGGAUGAUGCAUUCUUUUAUUUCAAAAAAACUGUAUUUUCAAGGAGAAGGAAGUGAACAUCUUUGUAAAUCCUGAUCACUAGGAUCCUUUUGGGUCAACAAAAGGAGUAUUGCACUUAUGGCAAGUUCAGUUUAAGUGCAUGUGAGUUAGAGCUCAGGCUGCCCAAUGGCCCAGCACAAGGUUUGGUUUAGUAACUUCACUCCUCUAGGUCACAGUUCCAAAGCCGCCAUUGUUUUUCUUGGGAACAGAGAACUAACUGACCGUCAUUUGAGAAGGCUUUUAGAUAUCAUCUGUUGCCUUUUCCAAGCAGCAACCACUAUUGUACGAAUCCCCAUGGGACCUUUCUUCUGGGUAGGCUCUGAUACUUUUAAAAGACUGUGGCAGGCAGCCUGUUGAUUAUUGCGUUUAUUUAUAUACCGCUUGAUAUUAAGGAAAGCUCCAAGUGGAUUACAAAAAUACUGAAAUGAAAUAAUGAAAUCAACAGUGGCCAAAAAGAAAUAAAACAUAUGCAACUUCUCCAUGUCUCUAUAGGCUUGCCUAAUCAAAAACAUUUUAAGCAGGCACCAAAAAAGAGUACAGAGAAGAUGCCUGCCUGAUGUCAAUAAGCAGGCAGUUCCAAAGUGUAGGUGCUGCCACACCAAAAUAUUGAUUUCUUAGAAGUAUGGAUCUAGUAUUAUAUGCUACCUAUAACAGUGCCAGUUCUGCAGAUCCAAGUAGUCAAGUGGGCAUAAAUGAGAUCAAGUGACCCUAGUCUGCUCCUGCUCUUAAUCUGUUGGUGCUUUCUUGCCUUUCUCCCCAAUGUUCUGUCACUCUCAAUUUGUUUUCCCACUACAAGAUAUCCGUGCCUUGUUCUAUGGGAUUCUAAGGGAUAUUUAAUGGCAUUCAAGGGCAAACCCUUAGUGAAAAAUUAGAGAAACUUGGAAUUGUAAAAUAUAUUUGAAUUACACUUAUCAUCCAGUAAAAUGCUAAAUACAGCUCUUUAAUCAAGGCACACAGGCACUAUGGUGAACAUAUCUAAAUCUUCCUCCUUAAACGUGAAUAAUUGAUUUUCCUUAUAUUUUUAUGUUUCAUAUGUGUAAUUCUGGAUUGACAUUUCCAUAUUGAGCUGUCAUGGUUGUUCGUCUUGCAUAGAGGAAAUGACGUGUGCACGUUCUAUUCACGCAACAGCUGUCAGCAAAAUCUUUAAGCCAGGAUGUUUCACUUGGAUGUCAAGUCUUUCAGUUUUGUGCCAUAAAUUUCCACCUUGGUGCAGCUUUCUCUGUAUCAGAGUCAUCAAGGAAAGUUGAAGCACUGCACCUUUUUUAUUCCUUUGUAAUACCUUUGUGUAGGUUUUAAAAGAGCUUGACAGUUUAUAUUGUCAGCUUUCACUCUGACAGCAUACUAGAAAUUAGAACUUACUUAACAUUUCAUUUAUUAUAUUGUUAACCAUUUGAGCAGAUUACUUUACCAUUUAACAAAUAGGAUGAGUGUAUCAAUAAAUCUCAUUCUACGUAUACUUAAGAAUACGGAAUGUCUUGCCUUCCCACCUCCCAGAUGAUAUACCUCAUCUUAUGCGCAUUUGACUUCUGCAAUUUCAACUGUACACAGUGGAAGACAGUCCGGUUGAAAUUGUGCAAGUCAAGUCCCAAGCAAGCCCAAUAACUUACAAGCUCUUUCAAUGGCAGGUUCACUUGGGGUCACUCAGGCAAGACCCACUUGGUGGGCUGGUUCUGGGACUUGUGGUAAUUAAUAAUAAUAAUAAUAAUAAUAAUAAUAAUAAUAAUAAUUUAUUUGUACCCCGCCCAUCUGGCUGGGUUUCCCCAGCCACUCUGGGUGGCUUCCAACAAAGAUUAAAAAUACAUUAAAAUGUCACACAUUAAAAACUUCCCUUCAAAUGUCUUCUAAAUGUCAGGUAGUUGUUUAUCUCUUUGACAUCUGAUGGGAGGGCGUUCCACAGGGCGGGCGCCACUACCAAGAAGGCCCUCUGCCUGGUUCCCUGUAGCUUUGCUUCUUGCAAUGAGGGAACUGCCAGAAGGCCCUCGGUGCGGGACCUCAGUGUCCGGGCAGAACGAUGGGGGUGGAGACGCUCCUUCAGGUAUACUGGGCCGAGGCCGUUUAGGGCUUUAAAGGUCAACACCAACACUUUGAAUUGUGCUCGGAAAUGUACUGGGAGCCAAUGUAGGUCUUUCAAGACUGGUGUUAUGUGGUCUCAGCAGCCACCCCCAGUCACCAGUCGAGCUGCUGCAUUCUGGAGUAGUUGUAGUUUCUUGGUCACUUUCAAAGGUAGCCCCACAUAGAGCGCAUUGCAGUAGUCCAAGCGUGAGACUAGAGAAUGCACCACUCUGGUGAGACAGUCCGCGGGCAGGUAGGGUCUCAGCCUGCGUACCAGAUGGAGCUGGUAGACAGCUGCCCUGGAUACAGAAUUGACCUGCGCCUCCAUGGACAGCUGUGAGUCCAAAAUGACUCCCAGGCUUUGCUCCUGGUCCUUCAGGGGCACAGUUACCCCAUUCAGGAUCAGGGGGUCCUCCACACCAGCCCCACAAGAACAGUACUUUUGUCUUGUCAGGAUUCAACCUCAAUCCAUUAGCCGCCAUCCAUUCUCCAACUGCCUCCAGGCACUCGCACAGGACGUUCACCGCCUUCACUGGUUCUGAUUUGAAAGAGAGGUAGAGCUCUCACAAGAUCUCGCGGGACAAUGUGACUUCCCUCAAGAUCUCAUGGGAGAUCUCCCUAGCACUUUUAGAGCUGGUGUGCCAGUAAGGCUGAGAGCUUAAAAGCUCUUUUCUUACUGGGUAACCCCAAGCGGACCCAGAGUGAAAAGAGCUUUUAAGCUCUUGGCCUUGUUUGCUGGGCAAGGCCCACUCAGCACACUAGCUCUAGGAUUGCUGGGGAUGCUCUCUCUCUCCUCCCCCCCCCCUGCCCCUCAUCAGCCACUUUAGAGGAAGCAGGCUGGCUAGCUGCAGGGAAGCUCUAAGGGUUUGGCUAUACACAAUUUCGGCGUAUACACAUAACCCUUGGAACCGAACCCCCAUUUAAGAUGAGGCAUUGCUGUACUAUAAACGUUCUUUCUAUAUCAAUAAUUUAGGAAGUAAAGUUAAAUAUUGGCCUGUACAUUUUAGACGUCUCUUCUAGGUAUGCAGUAGAUUUGUAUCUCCAGCUCAGAGGCACAACACAUAAAUUGAAAUGAGUUCUACUUGAUUUGUGGUGACAGACCCAUGCUGUGCAUGGAGGAAAUCGCAUGAAUAUAGAAGCCUCACUAAACAGGAAAGAUACCUAAAGCCACAGUUAAUGAUAUUCAGUACAAAACAUUAUAAUCCAUUUACAUCUUUGCCAUACUGAUGUCUGAUGCACAGGAGUCUGUCAGUGCUUUGGGUGUAUUUAUGCCAUUUAUUGAUUAUACAAAUGUGUGUCGUUGUGAUAGACUGAUUGUGUAUGGAGAGAGGGCACCUCUCUAGACUCUGUAUGAAGACCCACACUGUACUUCAGGGGAGUUUGGGCUGCACUUUGCUGGGGGCAGGGCAGGCAGGGGUUGCUCACACUGCCACAUUUCCCCCUACUGAAUUUACCUCUCCCCGCCACAAGUGGAGUGAGUGGCAGCCAUUCUGCAGGAAAUAAAUGAGUUCACUCAGUACUGGUUAAGAAUCCCCAUAUCCUGCCCCAAGUUAACUCCGUAUCUGAGGUGAGGCACAGGUUUUGCCCCCAAAACUGUGUUCCACAUUGCAGCCCAGUUAUUUUGUCCAAUAGAAAUUAGCAGGAUCAAUUGAAAACAGAGCCAGAUCCCAUACACAACAGAAUAUUGGGAAUCUUAAUAGGUACAUACUGGGUGAACUCUCCUCAGCUUGUUUGAGAAGUGGCUUUGUAUUUUGAAGGGGCAGUUUAUAUUUGACAAAAAGAGAGGAUUUAAGAUGAAUUAUUAGCACGUUGCCUUGCAUGCUCUUCUGGUUUUAUAAAAUUAUGGUGCAUUUUGUCUGGUACAGAUAAUUUUUGGCCUGACCAUGCUCUUUCUUGCUGUAAUGGUUAUGUUUGCCUUUCAUAUCUAUAAGCCUCACUCUUUGAUUUAAAUCUUCUUCUCUCCCCUGCCUCGGAUUACACAGGAGGUCCUGCCUGUUGCAGGGGUGGAGAUGCAGUUAACAGCUGCUGUUUCACUUUUGACUAUUCUACAAGAGGAGUCAAUAUCCAUCCAUACUUACUCCCACUCCUUCCUACACAUCAUUCUACAGAAUCUGGAGCACAGAGAUGCAGGUCAGAGGCAUGUCAUGCUGCUGAUUUCUUAGCUUGCUAUGCUUUUUCUUUGCUCAGUGAUAUACUAUUUAAAGCAGUGCAUGCACCAAUAAAAAAAUAAAACAGUGACAUAGUGCGAUCUUGCCAACACUAUGUAUAAUGCAGUAUGCAGUUGAUUACCCAACACCUGAUUUUGAAGUACAGUAGAGCUUUGAGGGCCUUAGCUUGAAGCUCCUAGUCUACAUUUCCCUUUAAGUGAUCACUGCCUGUGCUUCGGUUCAAAUAGCCAUGAAUUGUAUCAGCAGAUUUAAAACAGAUCUCAUGUUGUGUGUAUGUGCUCCGGAAGCUGACUUGAUUUUGUUAGCACGGUCCAGAAGAAAAAUAAUGUCCUAGAUCAGGAAACAGCCCUUCAACAUCCCAGAAAUGUUCCGUUUUUAAAAGAUCUACACAGGAAAGAACUGAAAAUGCUACUGCUAUUCUAGCCUGCAUCAACAGAUGUAUUGUGUCCAGAUCAAGGGAAGUAAUAGUGCUGCUCUAUUCUGCCUUGGUCAGACCACAGCUGGAAUACUGUGUCCAGUUCAAACCAGGCCACUUGCUUCUAAUGAAAAAGAUGGACAAAAAGCACUCCCAAACUCCAAACCUGAUCCUUUAGGGUGAGUGCAGGCUCCUCCAGAAAAGGUGGGUCACCAUUCACCUGGGAGGGCAAACCCACUUACAAGCGGUACUUUCAUUUGGCUUAGAUUGAGACUCAGUUUAUUGAUCCUCAUCCUAUCCAUUACUGCAGCCAAGCACUGUUUUAGCACCUCUGCUACCUUGAUGAAAAAGAGAGUUGCAUAUUGCUGACACAUCAUUCUUUAUCUCCAGAUGACCUUCCCUCAGCAGUUUCACGUGGGUGUGUCCAUCCUCAUGUUAGUUGCCAUUUAAGAGCUUGGUUAAUUGAGGUCACAACCUGAAGGAGCUUAAUGAAAUAGGAAUAUGAUAUAACAUGUAUAUAUCUACAGUCUUUUUUGUACCUCACAGGUGUCAGUAAUGCAUGGCUGGAAACCCUUCUUGCUGCAAUAGAAGCUUUGCCAAAAGAAACCAUCAGACAUGAGGUGAUUUUGUUUUCCUUUGAAUAUAACAGACAACAUGAAUACAGUCUGGGAAGGGGGGAGGAUGUAGUGUGUUCUAUAGUUUUCUGAACAUUUGGCCUAACAUUUUUAUUUAGAGUCAAACUGCGCAUGCUGUUCAGUUAUAUUUGAUUGAUUAAAAGCACUUACAUACCGCUUAAUAUUACAAAAAAUUUCCAGCUGUGUGCUUCAGGCAGCAAAAUGCAGUUGGCUCCAGCACUGUGCUAUUGAGUUGCUAUAGGGUUGCUGCAGCAGAGUCCAUCCAUCACUGUUGUCUGUGAACAUGAGCCAAAGUAGGGGUAUCCCAGUUCUUGAAGCCACUUCUGCUGUUAAUGACACAUGUUCCAACUUCCAUCAGCUCCAGCCAGCAUCACCAAUGGUCAAGGAUGAUAGGAAUUUUAGUAUUAAUCACAGGAGAGCCACAGGUUACCCUUUCCUGCUUCAGGUGUUCUUCCAGCUGCAAGGGAGCCAGUUACCUGUAAGGGCUCCUGUGUGACUAGGAGAAGAUCUGAAUUCCCUCAUCCCCCUGGAGUAGUUCUGAUUCCAUGGGAAGGCCACAAUAAAUAGGUUUCACAUGCCUGUGCUUGGUUCCUCUGAAUAUUCUCUCAGCCCCACUGGAGCUGUUCACAGAUAGGUUGCUCUCGUGUGACUAGGAGAACAUCUAAAGGGCACCACAAGCGAAUUUCAAUCCAUUCAAAGACAGCAGUGGUUGAGGCGAGGGUGUCUUGCUGGUGGCACUGCAUUACAUCUGCCAUGAUGGACGAGGUAGGGGUAGCUCUGGGUUGGCAAGGGUGCAUGCAUCUGACAUACUGAUGGUUUUAAAGCAAGGUUUUCCCAAAUUUGGGUCUCCAGCUGUUUUUGGACUACAGUUCCCAUCAUCCCUGACCACUGGUCCUGCUAGAUAGGGAUGAUGGGAGUUGAGGUCCAAAAAGAGCUGGAGACCAAAGUUUGGGAAACCCUGUUGAAAAGCAAACAUAGACAACGUGUGGCCCAUCUAGUUGAAUGAAUGCAGGCCAUGUGUCGGCCUGCCAUUUUGGUGAUCUGAUGAGCUGCGCUUGUCCAGCUUGGUGAGUCACACGUUUGUUUUUUUAUUUCAAAAAGAUUAUACACUGCUUGAUUGCCCCCUAAAACUCCACCCUCAAAGCAGUUUACAAAAAGAUAAAGCAACAAAAUCAAUAAAAAUUUGCAGCCAUACUUUAAAACAUACAGAAGUUAAAGUACUAAAAUAGAUUCAAAUUCUAAAUUGGUGCUUAGAAAUUUGUGCAGGGCAGUUGUAAAGGUUGAAGGCAUAAGGUACGUGAGGGUUUUUGAACAGCCAGAAUAUCCUGUACAAAUGUCAAAUAUUAUUGGCAUAGGAAUAGUUCUCAGUAUGUUGUGCACACUCCAUUGUAAAUUCUGAGAUGGGGCAGGCUUCCUACUGAAGGAAAGCUGUAUCAAAUGAAUGGUUGCAUAGGAAAUGAAAUAAAUGACAAGAAUUUUAAAAAAAUUCAAUCAAAGGGUGAAAAAACUGUAAACACUGGUUUUGGGAGGUGCAAAGCACUUCUGGCUUUAAAAAAUCCACUUAAAAAAUUAAUUGACUUCUUGCAUUUUCUCCCUGGAAACACUGUAAAACAAGAUAAUAUUAACUUUCAUGAGUAGCGUUGUGCAGAAUAUAAUUGGUAAGAUGUUUGUAGCUUCGUGUCAGGUAUGGCAUAUAGGCCUUUUCAUAAUCUAAUUAAUUAGAGUAGACGAAAGCACUCUGGAGUUUCAUUUGCUCUAAAUGUCAAGUCUUCCUUUUCAGGUUUGUUUCUGAUUUCACACAUUUCAUUCACAGACGCUUCCCCACAGGCCACUCCUGAGAGAGAGAGAUAACAAAAUGGGGAUGGCUUACGGUGUGCUCAGACCACUGUAGUCUUUCAAGUGGUCUGCAAUAGAAAAUAACAUGAAAUAACCAGUCUGGCUUAUUUGUUUGAGGUUGGGGUUUUUUUGAGCACUGGGUUUUCUUGUGCGGAAUCAUGUGUCUUGUUAAGGAGAAGCAAACGUUCAGUCAUUGUUCUGGUCAGGAAUCUCUCCCCCACCCCCCCCGCUUGUUCACUGCAUCAAGACUGAAAUUGAAAUAAGUGAAUGCAUAUUUAUGGCAGUGUGUGUAGGUGUUGGGUGUGGGAUGCAAGUAUGCAGAAUCAGCAUUUAUUAUUGGGAAUAACCUGGCAGGCCCCAAAGAGAGGGAAAAGCCACAUCCAGACGUUUGAGUUAGGAAACAGUACUUCUGCUGUAGCAGUUAGGAGAGGACUGAGUAGGAAGCCAUAUGGAGGUUGGGGGCAGGUCAGCCACCAAAACUAACCUAGAGGCAGUGCUAUUUUUCUAGAAAAAGAGGUGCCAGAACUCCCUUGUUCUCUUAGAGUGGCAAUGGUGCCCACCUGAGAUGCAAGUUCCGACUGGAAAAAAAGCCCUGCCUAGAGGCUUCCUGCACAAAUCCAUACAUAUAACUGCACAAACUGGACUCAAACCAAUGGCAUUAAGUUGCAAGAAAAGAGAUUCUGACUAAGCAUUCGGGGGAAAACUUUCUGACAGUCAGAGCUGUUUGGCAAUGGAACAGACUCCUAUGAGAGGUGGCGGACUCUCCUUCCUUGGAGUUUUUUAAACAGAGAUUGGAUGCCCAUCUGUCAUGGAAGCUUUAGCUGAGAUUCCUACAUUGCAGGGGGUUGGACUAGAUGACCCUUGGGUUCCUUCCAACUCUAAGAUUCUAUGAAAUGACCACGCAAAGAGCUGCAGUUAUCUCACAACAAUCCUGUUGAAGUAGGUUAGGCUGAGAGAUAGUGACUGGCUGGUGAACUUAAUGGCUGAGAGGGGAUUUGAGCCCGAGUCUCCCCAACCAUAGUCUGAAACUCUUAAUGACACUCCCCAAAGAAAGAAAUGUCUCUGUUUUGCUCUUACCUGCUGCCCAUCCCAUCAGGCUGUCCGCGUCCAUCACAAGUGCCCAUGCAGCACUCCACAGGGACAGGCACGAACCUCAUAAAUGUUUUCUUUUUGCUUCAUCUUGCACUGUGUGCCACCUGCCAUCCUGAGAGCAAAAGAAGCCCCUGCUGAAAAAAUCAAUACACAUUGUUCCCUACCAUUCUCCCACCCACCCUAUUCCUUUGUUCUCAAGAUGGCAGUUCAUUAUAUUGCAUGCCCUGUUAAACGAAUCACCAAAGGAAGCCUGUAGGUUAGGGCUGGAUGCCUGGAGACAUUGUCAAAGCAGAAGACAGAUGAUCACUAAGUAAAUAGGGCAAAUGGGCUGAAGCAGAGCAGAUCUUGGCAGAAGGAUGGCCAGGUAUGUGGGAUAUACAGCAGCUUGGCAUUUUUCCUUCAAGAUAUUUCUCAGACUGAGAACCUAGGAAAAAUCUGAGGCUUUUUAGGACUGUGUGAAAUUCUUUCAGUCCCUCUUGUCACCUCUUAAUUGCAGAGUCAGCAAACAGCAGUAUCUUUUAAUAACAGCUGCUUUGGGGGUGUCCAAGGGCAGCGUAUAGCCUGGCAGCAGCUCCAUCAUUUUGUUGCACUGCUGUGAUGCUGCAGAUUGUGGAGCUCUUUGGUUUGGCUGCAAGACUCCCUGGCUCCAGACCCCAGGCGCUUUAAUGUGAAGCCAGGGAAUGACAAAUUGAAAGGAAGUCAGAGUACUGGUCUGAAUGCAUCUAUAAACAGGAAUACAUAGAUGUGCUGGUUUUUUCUUGGCCUUUGGACUGCCUGAGACUCAUGUCUACAAUUUUCAUGGAGUGCCUUGUGGGAGCAUUCCCAUGAAUGAAAACUGUAAAGUCAGAAGUGGUUCUUGGUUUAUAUGAUUCUUACUGCAGAUAACUUACGUGUUCCUAAAUAUUUAGAAAUCAUAUACAAAGCAACAUGCUAGUCCCAAUUAGUGGGAGUCACGAAGCCUCUGACAAGAAGCACAGAAUUGAAAGCAUAUAAUAGUGUAAUAUUUUGAGCUACGAUGCUCUUAAUUCACUUUAAUGUUGUUAAUGUAUGUGUUCUUAAUGUACUGUGAAAAAGUCAUCUCCUGGAAAGGGGUGGGAAGUGCUACUUUUGCAAUAUAAUUAUAAAUGUCCUUGUCCUGUCUUCUUUCGGAUCUUACAUAAGGAGUACAGCUAAUUUACACCAACAUUCCCCUUAGUCUGCAUUUUGGAUUUUUUUGGAAUUAACUUGAAGGCCAAUAAUUUUCUUACAUGGAGGUCAUUCCUCUGAAGGUGAAAGAGUGUACCCCAUUUUGCUUCAAGUAGGGUGUGACUGUUGUAACUUGCAAGAAUGCUGACUGGGCAGCUGAUACUAAGAUCAGUUUUAAUAUGUGAAGUGGUUCUUGAUUCUUUUUAUUGUUUUGCUUCUGUUUAGCCCUAGAUUUGCCAUUUGAAUUUCUUCUUCUGUUCCCCCAUAGAUCCUGAAUCCUCUUGUUUCCAAGGCACAGCUUUCCCAAACACUUCAGUCUCGCUUGGUUAGUUGUAAAAUCUUGGGGAAAUUAGCUAACAAGUUUGAAGCUCAUAUGUGAGUAGCUCGUGUGUUUUUCAGAUGUCCUAAUAAUUAAAACUUGCAGAAAGGGAAACAAAUUGACCUGCUUUUGUGUUCUGUGUGUAUAUGUGUAAGUGAGCACUUCGUCAAUUUACAGUGGUGCCUCGCAAGACAAAAUUAAUCCGUUCCACGAGAGUCUUCGUCUAGCGGUUUUUUCGUCUUGCGAAGCAAGCCCAUUGACGGAUUAGCGCUAUUAGCGCUAUUAGCGGUUUAGCGGCUAUUAAAGGCUUAAAGGCUUAGGGGAUUAGCUGCUAAAAGGCUAUUAAAGGCUAUUAAAGGCUUAGCAGAUUAGAUAAAGGGGGGGGAAAGCGAAAAAAAAAUCUCAAGACUCGCAAGAUAUUUUCGUCUUGCGAAGCAAGCCCAUAGGGGAAUUCGUCCUGUGAAGCAACUUCAAAACGGAAAACCCUUUCGUCUAGCGGUUUUUCCGUCUUGCGAGGCAUUCGUCUUGCGGGGCACCACUGUAUUUCAAACUGUAUAUGGUGGACUCAAUCUACCAAUGCAGCUGCUGUUCAUCCUUACCUUUCUCCAAAAGCUCACCAAGGUGGCACAGCAUGAGUACUUCUUAGGCUUUACCCAUAAUAAAGACCACAGUGUUUUCUCACACUUAAGGCAUGAUCAAAAACGGUGUUCAUCUGCACUAUUGAAUUUUCAAGGUCCCUUAAAUGAAUUGUCCAAUUUCAUCCUGAUUUCCAUAAUUUUCCUAUUGGCUGCCAUGUUUUUCUAUAGGAUCGUUUCCAAACUCCUUGCCAAGACUGCUGCCCCAUAUUAGAGAUUGUGGAUAAAAUGGUAGCAUCCCAUUCUGCAUGAAGCCAAUUUCAGUAACAGCCAGGGUGUUCCUUUUUCAUCUGCAAAUGCCACCUUGUCUGUUCCUCUGAUGGCCUUGGGAUCUCUUUGCUUGUCUUAAAAUUUCACAGCAUAAUUAAAAUGUCACAGCAGAUGCCCUGAGAUUUAUUAAUGUUGGGUCCAAGUUCACAGUAGUCUUGUUUUAAAGGUGGAAGAUCUUACUGUCCAAUACUUUUUGCCAGUUUGCUUUCAAUUUCUCUGCAAAACUCUAUUAUAAUCCCACAUAAAGGUUUAUUUUGAAGGCAUGCCCUCAGCUGUGAUGGGUACCCUCUAGCAACUGAUUAUUUAUCUUCUGUCAAAGUCAGUGAAGGCCUGCUAUUUGUGUGAGGUUCUGCGGCUGAAUUCACAGUAACGUUUUGCUUUAUAGGCAGGUAUCACAGUUCUAAAUAUCCCCAUGUGCUCACCAAAUGUUAGAUUUUACCAGAAGUAUGCUCAUUUUAGAAUGCCACAUCCUGAACUCAUGUGCUUGUGCACCAGAUUUUAGGAUUAAGCUACACAGCUGGUGUCCCAAACUCAGUCCCUUUUUUGUAGCUAUACUCAUAGGGAUGCCUGAGGAAUACCGUCUUCAUGAUUUCUGAUAUGAAUGCACCUCCUGGACUAAUGUAACGUAGAUAACUAUUGGAUUCCACACUUUUCUGAUGGUUGUAGCACAGUUCUCAGCUUAAAAAAUGUUUCAAGAUGCACAAAUUUUUGUGAGUAUUUUGAAAACAAUUGGCAUAUUAACAUUGACACAUGUGACAAUGACGCAAACAAGUAAUAGACUGAAUUGUCCAAAACUAUUCAGUUUGGGGGCUGGUUCACACGACAUGCUAAGCCACAGCCUCUCUGCCGCUUCCGCGCCGGGUCACUCCCUCUUCCUCCUGGGGGGGGCAGUGACGGCCGCAGCAGCUAUGCCCUCCCCGCCCCCUUGUCCAGCUCAGGGGUGGGGCACUCGUGAGCGUUCCUUCACUGACCACAGAGAGAAGUGGGUGCCGCUGCCACCCCAGCCCCAGAGGCCUGGCCCUGUGUGGCCGCUGGGACCACAUAACACCGGUCCUGAGAGAUCUGCAUUGGCUCCCAGUACGUUUCCGAGCACAAUUCAAAGUGUUGGUGCUGACCUUUAAAGCCCUGAACGGUCUCGGCCCAGUAUACCUGAAGGAGCGUCUCCACCCCCAUUGUUUAUUCCGUACACUGAAAUCCAGCGCCGAGGGCCUUCUGGCGGUUCCCUCAUUGUGAGAAGUGGUUACAGGGAACCAGAUAGAGGGCCUUCUCAGUAGUGGCGCCCGCCCUGUGGAACACCCUCCCAUCAGAUGUCAAGGAAAUAAGCAGCUAUCCUAUUUUUAAAAGACAUCUGAAGGCAGCUCUGUUCAGGAAAGUUUUUAAUGUCUGAUGCUGUAUUGUUUUUAACUCGAUUGGGAGCCGCCCAGAGUGGCUGGAGAAGCUCAGCCAGAUGGGCAGGGUAUAAAUAAUAAAUUAUUAUUAUUAUUAUUAUUAUUAUUAUUAUUAUUAUUAUUGCUUCCCUUCCUGUGGCUCUGGCCUUUUGAUGGGGGAGCAUGUUGUGGGGGCGCCUUGUUGCGCCUCUCAAAAAAAGUGCCUGGGGCCAUGGCCCCCGCAGCCCCCCAUGGUACACCACUGGUCAUGCCUAAAUAUUUCUAAAAAUUGCAGUAUCUCCCUCACAUGUGACUUCAUUAUGCAAAACUCAGAAAAAGAGAAAUGCAGUUUUUAUAUUGAAUGUGAUGUGUCGAUUAAGGUUUUACUUUCACAUUAUUCAACUUGGACAUGUCAACUAAAUGGAGUGGGGUUUUUCUGUCUAUUGAUUAAUGCAAUUCUUGCCUUUUUAGAAUUAAAAGAGAAAUUCUUCCGCUGGUAAAAUCACUCUGCCAGGAUGUAGAAUAUGAAGUUCGUUCCUGCAUGUGUCGGCAACUGGAGCUUAUAGCUCAAGGAAUAGGGUGAGCAUAAUUACUACAGAGUGGAAAUGACUUCAGAAGAUCAACGGUGUAAAUCAGGGUGGGCAACCUGUGGUCCUCGGCCUAAUUUAUGUGGCCUAUAGCCUGAUUCAAGUAAGUCCUUUGCAAAUGAUCAGCUCAGGAGGAGGAGGAAGGCAGUAGCAGAAAGAACAAGAGAGAAAAAGGGAUAGACGUGCCUACUGCUGGCUUCAAUCCUUUUCUCAGUUGACUCCAGCCACUCUUAGAAAAAAGGUUGCCCAUGCCUGAUCUGCAGCAGAAAGUGCUGUGGCCCCUUAGAAUAUACCAACUUUACUCUGAUGUCUACAUAUACACAGUCGAAAACCUGCUUCAUCAGAUGUUUAAAAUACUGGUACAAAGUAGUAUAGAAGAAAAACUAGUAUACUACUCUCUACCUAUAUAGACUCUCUCCCUGUGCCCAAUGUGAAUCACCUACUGCCCACCUUCUCACCCACUGCCAUAUCUGUUUGCUUCAUUUGCUUCCUAACUCUUACAGCCUGCUUCAUCGACCCUCUUCCUUCAGUUCUGUCUCCCUCCCUCUCAGUUUUGCACACAUUCUCAGGGUCUCAUCGCAUAUCGCAUGCAGCCAAGUGUAUCUUGUAUUCACUGGUUCCUUUUCCUUUUCUCCUUUUCAUAGUAACAAAAGCCAACUUCUAAGGCUCCUAGUUUGGGGAGAGAAGUUGCGGGUGCCUCAAAGUACCACCCCAGUUGUGUUUUGCCCCAUAGGGGAAAAUAUACAGGCACCUAUAUCUUUUGUGUUGCAGGAUGAAAAAGCAGCCUGGGACGUGGGUUUCAAAGAGAAAAAUAGCCCAAAGUAAAGGACUUUCUUCUGCUGAAGAUCACAGCCCCAGAGGCUGCUUUCAGUUAGAAAAGAAAAUAUUGGACAAAUUAUGCAUACCGCUAUUUGUAGUUUGGCCCCUAUCCUCAAUCUUUCUCUGGCUCUCCCUUUUUUGUUAAGCAUGUUCAUGUCUUUCUACUCCUUAAAAAAACACCCUGCCUCUGGACUUUCUGGUCCAAUGUUAGGGUGCCUUCUUGGUCCUCCAUCUUCUUAACCUGCCUCCUGCAUGCUUUUCUACCUCUGACAUUUCAUGCUCCGUCUCCAUCAAGAGAUCCACCUGCUGCUAGCUGUCCUUGAUUCCUUCUCCCUCUCCCAGCUCUGUGCCCUCUGCCUCUUCUACCUUGGUCUGCAACAGCUUCCUUCUCUGCUUGUCAAGGGACUUCCUUUCUGCAUUUCAAGUCUUUCCUCAAGGUCCAGUUCCUCAGCAAAGCUAUUCCUGCCCCAGCAUAAUUUCACCUUAUCUGGCUUUAUCGCUCCCUUGCCACCUUUCGUUACCUUCACUUUUGUCAUUCCUGUUUACAUCUAUUUACAAUCAAAUCUAACUAAUUUCAGUGUAGGAAGCAAACCUACAUACACACUCCUUUUUUGUGUGGUCUCUCUGGAAAUGAAUACAACAAUGGACUUCCUGGUUCAUUGGAGGCUUCCUACUUUUUCUAUGCAUUCAGACGAUGGGAGAAAGAACUUCCUUGAAAGAAUCUGGGGGUAUAACAGAUUUUCCUUGGUAAAGAAGUGAUUGCUGCCUGGAGGAAACAAUGGAGAAAUCCAGGGUUUCAGUGUACCAAUGGGGCCAGCCCCACACCCGCAGCUCUGGUGGUAGUGAUGGGUGUGGGUGUGCAGACAAUUUGCUCUGCCAGCCUGGAGGUGGUGUAGUAAUCAUCAUGUGAUGGCCGUGGGGCCAGCUUAGGACCGGGUGUAUCCCAGGCUGCCUCUCCCUCUCCUCUCCCAUGGAAUGCUGCAUUUGGGGGCUUUCUGCUGGCUACCAGCACUGUGGAUCCCACCAGUGUUACUUGUACCUGGCAGGGGGGCUAAAAGAGGGCAGCAUAUGACAACCCUGCAGUGCUGUCCAGUGUUAUCCAAUCUGUUGGUGUAUUGGUCGGGGUGUUUUAAAGUGAAAAGCAGUUAAGGGGGUUAUUGAGUGUAGUAGCAGCAGUGGGUGGGAGGAAAGGGGUGAUUAACUUAGCUCCCAUUCAUGGGUGGGGGAAGAUGGGGAUUCUUGGGGUUGGGUUUUUGUUGCUGGGAUAAACAAACAAAUAAUUAUAUCCAUGCCAAAGGUCACAUUGUUUCUGAUAAAAAUGAGAAAAGGGAAAGGAAAGGAUGGCCAUUUGACCUCUGCCUGGUGACUUUUAAUAAUUUAACAAAACUUAAAUACUGCUUGAUUGUAAUAAUACCUCUGAGCGGUUUACAAGGUACGUUGUAUGGGGAAAUACAAGCUCAUUCUUGAAGCCCCUGCCUGUUUCUGGAGACUCUGUGGAUAGUGCAGCAGUUGUCUUUUUUUACUAAAUAUUUUGAUACUUUUUGUAGGACUGAGCUAACCAAAAACGUAGUGCUUCCUGAGCUGGUAGAGUUAGCAAGGGAUGAAGGCAGCAGUGUACGUCUUGCAGCUUUUGAGACCUUGGUUAAUCUGCUGGAAAUGUUUGAUGCAGGUAAGAUCAGAACUGAGUUGCAUUGAACCUAGUACUACAGCCAUUCCUCUGGUUGCCAGACUAUGUUCUAUGUCAAUAUGCUAUUAUUCACAUUUUGAUUAAAGAUCAAAAAAGGACAGCUCUGUUCAUCUUUAUGAUAUUUUCUGUUUUUCAGAUGAUAGAAGUCAAACAGUCCUCCCAUUAGUGAAAUCCUUCUGUGAAAAAUCGUUCAAAGCAGAUGAAUCUAUUCUGGUUUCACUAUCUUUCCAUUUAGGGAAGCUUUGUAAUGGACUAUAUGGUACGAUCAAAUGGUCCUAGUAUGAUAUAUAUUUUAAGGGGAGCUGGGUUGUUUUUAUUUGCAUUGGAAUCUUAAUCACUGCAACCCCAAAUAAAUGAAAUAAAUGAUUUUAAUAACAAAGUAAAUAUGAUCAAGGUGAAAACUGUGUAUAAUGACUUGCUGUUGCUCCCUCCUUUGACAUGUGACAUUUAUUUGAAUUUAUAGUCCACAUUUGUUUGCAUAGCAAUAGCACUGGAAACAGAUACAGUACAUCCUAUGAAAUUUCAGUUUAAACUUUGUUAACUACUAGCAGAAAUGGCAGACUUGUCCGUGAACUGUUGUUACUGACAUUUUUCUGAAUCCUUUAUUUGAUGUAACAGUUGAAGAGGAACAGAAGAGGGAGAGAUUUGUUAUUAUUGUUUGGAGUUAGACUAUUUUAAGGUCCAUUCCUAUUGUGAGUAUUCGUAAGAUCUCUGAAGAGUAUGCAAGUGCCAGAAAUUUUAGAACUUUAGGUCUGACCUAAGCUUUUUACACUAAAAUGAGGUGUGCCAUGGAAUGUCGUGAAGGGAAUUUGAAAAGGGUUCUGUGCUCUUAACAGUCUGGUUCACAUAAAUAAUUUCCUGAUCAGUCAGUGCAGAGGUGUAGCACAGAGUCGAAAGCAGAUCAGUGCCACAACACAACAAUUCUGCCCCUGCCCCUUACUUGCUUCCAGCUAUGAAUUAUAGAAUCAUAGUAUUCCAGAGUUAGAAGGAAUCUCUAGGGUCAUCUAGUCCAAACCCCUGCAAUUAUGAUAGCAAAGACCAAAGCAAGGUUCCCACAGAGUUAUAGCAAAACACCCUCUUUAUAAAGAGGACUGAUGUGAUGGGACCAAUCGUGGAAAAACCCAUUCCCUUUCUCUCAGUACAGUAGCUGUACCCACACAUUUGAAAGGUGUUAAUAAUAACAGAUAUAGCAUGCAUACCUCCAGUUACAUUUCACAUGAAUAUUCAUUGAUCUACAUUUGUUAUGUAUACUUAAGUCAUGAAAACUAUUCAAUAUAUAAUGAAUAUUCAGUGUGUUAACAAUGAAUGCCAGCCUGUGGAAUGUGUAAUAUUUUGUCCUUGGAUUGUCAGUAUUUUCCAUAUGCAUGUGCAAGAUAACAAUACAAAUAGCUUUGCCUCAGUGAGUUCCUCCUCUCAGGAUGAGAACUUGGUGUGCCUUAGUUCUUCCUGCUUUGGAAUGUAAAAUCUCUGUUAGUGUGUUAAGUUUCAGAACUAGCCUCAAGGCCUUAUAAAUCACAGACAAUGCCUUCGCUCUAAGGUCUUAUCUUAAAUGAUCCAAAGUCUACUCCCACAAUGCCUUCUCCCUGUAAGAUCCAGUGCAGGUUAGCACCUAUCUGCUUACAACACAUUGCAGAAGAGCCCUAAUGCAAGAGCUGCGAUAUAUACCUCUUUAAUAUUAAAUUCUCAGAGCUGGAGUAACAGUCCCCAUGGCUACUGUCUAAAGCAGAGGUUUUCAACCUUUUUGGGUCCACGGCUCCCUUGACCAACUACAUUCUUUCUGCAGCACCCCUGUAGGGCUCAGGAGCCCAGUUAUGUCACCCCUUGCCUGCAGAGCUGGCAGCUCCUCAUCCCUUUCCAAACACCCUUCUUUGUGGAGUGUUCCCUCAGCCUCUUCUCCCCUCUCCUUGGGAGUCCUCUGGGCAGCCACAGCUGCUGCCCCUGGUCUGUGAGCUGCCCCCCCUGCCCCAAAGAGAGGUGCCUCCUUAUACUGCCCCAUAGGGGCCUGGGAAGCACCCCCUGGCCAUCCCCAGAGGACCAUUUUCCUGGGGCAUUUGUAGCCAGGGCUGCUGCAACAAACAGCUAUGCAAGCCUUUGGGAGGCAGAGACGCAAGAGGGCAUCAGAGGAGGGAGGGAAUGAAAAAGGGACAGAGGUCAGUGUGGCCCACGGCACCCCUGACCAUCAUUCAAGGCACCCCAGGGUGCCACAUCACACUGGUUGAAAACCACUGGUCUAAAGGAAUAUGUGGCUGAAAUCACAUGCAGAGGUAAUGAUGCCUAGCUUUGUGUCUUAGGGAAAUUUCAGAUCACUGUUCACAGCAUGAUAGGGAGUGCUGGCUUUCGCGAAGGGGAAAGAAAGCCCUACUGUGUGUGAAUAAGCCCUUCUGCAUGCCCGAAGGUGCUUGUUGGGUUGUAGCACUUACAUUUGUAAAUUCUGUAAUACAGAAAUAAGAAUAUUGUGCCUAUGGAUGAAUAGCUAGUUCCUCCAAAUUUUUAAUGCCUUUUCACACUAACAUAGGAAGCUUUCCCAGGGGGGUUGUCUCAUGAGAAUGGACAAGGGCUUUGUACUGUGAUUUCUGGAACAAGUGGGUUUCUUCCACAUUAUGGUGCAAAUAAACCUCACAAGAACUCCGCGAGGUAGGCAAAGCUGAGAGAGGGUGACUUGCCCAAUAUCAGCCAAUGAGCUUCAUGGCAAAGCAGGGAUGUGCACCCAAGCAUCGACUGUCCUGACUCCAAUGCUGUAGCUGCUAUGCAAACCUGACUCACCGGACAGACCAUUCUUGUGCUGUUCAUGAGCAUAAAAUAAUAAACACAUAUUGCAUUUGUUUGAAGGGAUUUUUACACCAGAGCAGCAUUUGCGAUUUUUGGAAUUCUACAAGAAGCUUUGCACACUGGGAUUAGAGCAGGAAAAUGGACACAAUGACAACCAGGUGCAACUCCAAACCCUAGAACAGGAAAAGAAGUACAUCUCAGUGAGGAAGAACUGUGCUUACAAUUUACCAGUGAGUGGACUACUAUUUUACUUAAAAAUCCAUUUAUAAUAUGUGCAUAAUGUGUCCAUAAUUCAUAUAAAUCAGUUUAAUAGUAAUAAUGAAGUUGGUAAAUCUUCUGGCUUUAAAGAGGUGGAGUGUCCCCACCUCCAGGAUGCUUUCCCCAAACUAGAAAGUGUACUAUAAGCAGUGGGUUUUUUCUGGGGGGACACAGGGGUACACAUACCCCUAAACAUUUUGUGAAUCUUUGUACUUUUGUCCAUUUACUGUAUUUAUUUUCCCCAGUUUGAACAAUAAAAUGGUGUUUUUCUUGAGUCAAAAUAAGAGUACCUCUAAACAUUUUUAAAGAAAAAAAGCACUGACUAUAAGGCUAGCAGGGCGACAUCCCUUGCUGUUACACUGGCAGCGGUAGAGGAUGGUGGAACAGGCACUACCACUUGCCUUCUCUCUUGGGUUCUAGAACAAAAUGUUGCAGUAUAAAGUGCUUCUGUUCAAGUUCCAGCCGCUCCAUUCCAUUUUCCCCAUCCUCUGUUUUCUGUUCCCUUUCUCCUAAAAGUCAGUCAGCAUUAUGUGGCCACAGCAUCCUGCCCCUACCCCCAGUUUGUUUGUUUUUAAUAUAAAGUUGUUGUGGUUUUUUAAAAAAAACACCUUGCAAACCUUGGGAUUCCACACAGCCCAGUGUGAUGCUUCCUUCUUAUAUUUUGAUUGUUCCUUUUUGGCUACAUAAGGGAAGGCAUUUGGAGAAAGAGUCCACUCUUUGUGGUUAUAAUAUGUUCCUGUCCACAUUCAAUGUUACAUCAUUUCUAUUCCUAGGCCAUGAUGGUUUUCGUGGAUCCCAAAAAUUUCAAUUUGGAACUGUACUCAACAUUCUUCUGUCUAUGUCAUGACCCUGAAGUCCUAGUCAGGCACACGAUGGCUAUUGGCUUCUAUGAAGUAAGUCUAGGAAUACUCCUUGGAUUAAUUUCAGCAACUAUUCGCUGUAUACAAUCUCAUUGAUAUGUUCAUCUUUAAUAUACAGUAUUAGUGUAUGCUAACCUUCCUAAUUGAAACCAGUGCAACUUAUAACUUACUAACUUUGGAUUCUUACUAGUUUAUGGUUGUUUCAUAUGACUGCAUUGAGGUGUCUUUUAUGUAUAAUAUGAUAUAAUAUAAAUCCAUGUAUACUUUUUCCAUUACGAACAAAAAAAGUGCAUGAGGCUAUGAGUAGGUCAUUUUCAACACAAAUUGUGUUAUUAGGACUCUUGAUUUUUCCAGUUGUUUAUGUGCGAAAUAUUUCUUGCUGAAGCAAGUUUGAGUUCACAGAAAGUAAAGGACAACAGAUUAAUAAAGCUAUUGUAGUCAAGAUUUUUAAACACAAAUAUAAAACUCCUUCAUUUUAUUUAAUGGUGGCUACUGAGUCUUGUAUGUGUUUUAUGUGUUUAAUAUGUCUGUAUAACCAAUUUUUUAUGCAUUGUUUUUUAUGGUUUUUAUUGUCUAAAUUAUGCCAAUAAAGGCUGAAUGAACAAAUAAAGCUAUUGGCUGUAUUCAUUCUUCCCCUCCUUCUCCCCCCCUCCAUGUACCCCACACCCCCAAAUUUGCUCUAGGGGUUACCCCAACCCCUCCAAGCAAAUCAGGAGGGGAAUGCAGAGAGGCAUGUGAGGGAGGUGAGGGAAGGGAAGUUUCUGUUACUCUUGCACGAUGCUUUAAUUGAUUCAACCCAGCAUAACUUAUGUAGGACUGUAAGACCUGGCAUUUUAAUUGGCUGUUGCUGUAGAAUAAUUUUAUGUACUCAUCUGAAGCACUUUUCAUAUGAAUGAAAAAUUACCCAUUAGACUUUAAAAAUACAUAUCUUUGGUGCCUUGUGUUAAUUACCACCUUGGAUUACAUCAGCUGUCCUGUACCAUAGUAAUCUACAUAUUUCUGCUACUGGAUAUAUUUUAAAUAUAUAGUAUUCUGCAGAUGACUACAGUUCCCUGUUUCUGUUCUGAUAGUAAACAAUCAUAGCUCUUAACAAGUAUGUUUCAUCCAGAGAGCUGGAUAAUUUUUUAGAUAAUUUGACAUCCUUAUAAGAAAAAGUGAUCAACCAAUCCAGUUUACAGAAUCUAUCAAAUGAUGACAAUUCAUUAAUAUAUAUAUUUUAUUUUUAAAGUUUCCAUUAUAUUGCCUAACCAAGAAGCUACUUGUGAUUCAGUCCAGUCAGUGUCACCAUUCCAUGGACCUGUGUGGGAUGGUGGAAAUAUAUGGGGUGGUUUUCAACUAUAUUUUACUCAAAGUAAAUGUACUCAUUAAUUUCAGUGGGUCAGCUCUGAGUAAAACUUAGAUGAAUGCAACCCAUGGUUUCUGUUGGGAAUGAGGAAAAAGUGUGGGAAUUGUGUUUAGUAUAGUAGUAUAUGUAACCAACUAGGAGUAGAUCAGCUAUAUUAUUUUAAGUUAAUAGGAAUUACAUGGCAGAAGGCUAAAAUGUUUGGCUGUGUCAAAAUAUUGAAUAUUUGAAAUGUAAAAAGAAGCAAAAUGUCAUCUCAGUACCCAAGGGCACAAUUUGAAAGUGUGCUGUUGCCAGGAUGUUUAUUUUCUGUGCUACUGUGUGAUGCUACACUGCUUAGUAGUGAGAAAAGGACAUGACCUCAACUCUCUUAAGUAUGAUUGUUGGUAUUAGAGAUCUAGUCUACAUCCUUGUUUCCUUUUGGCUAUUCAGACCUUGUUGAAAAAUAAAUACGACCAGAUUAAGAAGGCUAAUGUCCCUGUUUUGUUGGUUCUGUAUUUUUCAGGUUGCUAAGCUUUUAAAUACUGAUGUGUAUGUAAUACAUAAAGAACUGGUAGCCCUAUUACAGGAUGAGUCAUUAGAGGUAACAAUAACCUAUUUGUUGCUUACGUUAAGAUCAUUUACAAUUAUCCUAAAUGACACUAUAACAAAACUAAGUAAGAAAGGCUUGGUGGAAUGAAUCAUUUCUGCUUGUUGCAUGGUCUAGUCAUAAAGAACAUGAUAAGUGUUUAGUAAAGAUUUAUUUGAAAGUGAUGACUGAACUCUUUUCACUUAAGCCCAUAUGUCAUCUUCCCCAGAGAGGUUGAAAAAAUGUGGAGCCAAAUGAACUAACGUACAGUAAACAUAGAAGUGCCCUUCAAACGGCACUGAUUUGUGGAUUAACAUUAAACCAGAGUAGGGUCAAUCUUGGAUUAACUAUCCUUCAAUACCUUUGUAGAAUACUUGGGCUUGAUCAAGUCAUCACUUAUCAGCAGAUGAUGGCACAAAGCAGGGAGAGACUACUGAUAUUUUAGAGGCUAGGUUAAAAAAUCAUAUUCAGGAGUCAUCAGUGAUAAUUCUCUACUUAACACUAAUGACAACUCAUUUUGCAAUGAAGUGUUUAGUUGUGUCACAAAAUUUAUGUUGCUAAAUCAAAAUGUAUGAAGUCAGGCUGUAGAAUAUACCAUAUUUUCCCGUGUAUAGGACUAGGUUUUUUCCUUAAAAAAAAUGUCAAAUAUUUGGGCGGUGUCUUAUACUGUAUACAGAUACAUCUCCCUCCAUUUUCUUAAAUCGGAGUCCCCCAAAAUAGGGGGCGUCUUAUACAUGGGGGUGUCUUAUAGAUGGAAAAAUACAGUAAGUUAUAAGAAGAAAAAAUGAGCAGAUUGAAGCAUGUUCAAAUUAGAAAAGAAUUGUUCGGUAGCUAUGUUGAUGGUUUCUCAGUAUUUUAAUACAUGCUGGAAAGAAGAGGAAUCGUGGAAUUGGAGGGGGUUUAGGCCUCUGUCUAACCAAUGCUUGAUGCAGGAAAUUCAGAGAUAGACAGAUAGCUAUCUAGUCUUUGCUUGAAGACCCCCAGGGAGGGUCUGCUUACUACUUUCCUAAGUAAUUGGUUGCAUUGUAAAACUGUUAUUUCGGUUCAGAAGUUUUUCUUAAUUUUCAGCCAACUUAAUCAUCUUGUGACUUAAGCACAUUGGACCUGGUUCUGCAACAGUGAACAAGGUUUUGCUCUCUUCCAUGUGACAGCCUUUCAGAUAUUUGCUCUUUUUUGUAAGUUCUGGGAGACAAAAGAUGUUUUAGCACCACACGAACAUACCGUUGCUGACUGGAUAGGCAUCUCUGUUGGUGUUAACAGCCUUCAUCUGUGCCACAGCCAACUAACUGUCCAGUCAGUGACUGUAGACUUGUAUAGUGUCUUACCUCCUGGCUCCUACAGAUAAGGGUGGGAAUUUUCAUCUCCCCUUCAAUUCCCCACACAGCAGCAGCUGUAGUCCUGUGGAGAAGACUAAAAUGAAAACUAGAGAGAUGUAACGUGAAUGAUGUCUUUGUCACAUAAAUGUCAGCGACUCAUCUUUUCUUUAACUAGGUGUUAGAUGCGUUAAUAGGCUACCUUCCUGAAAUUCUUGAACUAUUGUCUACUGGAGGAGAAAACAUUGGAACAGAGAGCAAGGUAAGGUGGCAGAAUCCUGUUCUGAGCAUCGGAAGUGUUUCCCAGUUGCCUCUUUGAGGCAACUGACUACCAGCUUGUAGCACAAAGCUGCUGCUACUACUUCUGCUGCUUGGGAGACAUGGCCCAAGUAUCAAACUCGCACAACCUAAGCUAUUUCUGGAGCUGACAUUGAGGAUUUGGUUGGGAUCCAAAGAGCCCAUGUGCAUAUGCAAAGCACUUGUGUGCACACUGGGUGGGAGUCCUGGUCCUCCUUUUCAGCUGUAGCCCCCUGCUCUGUCGCUCUAGGGAGAAUUCAACUGGGGGUGGGGGAGAACCACAGUGAAUGUCCAGAAGACCAUGUGUGGCAGAGUAAGUAGACUUUGUGUGCCUUUGAAAGAUGGCAGUUUGUUGUUCAGUGAUAUAAUUUGCAUUUCUUCUCCUAUCCCCUGGAUCCUUGCCAUUCUUUAGUUAUUGAAUUUCCCAGAGUUGAUCCCAGCGCUAACAAGAGCGGAGCAGAGAGCAGCAACCUCUUUGAAAUGGAGGACUCAUGAGAAGCUACUACAAAAAUAUGCCUGCCUGCCUCAUGUCAUCUCAAGUGAUCAAAUUUAUUAUCGCUUUUUGCAUAGAAUGUUGAGCAUCAUUAUGACAAACGUGAGUUCCCUGUGAUCUCUCUCUCUCUCUCUUGCUUCCUUGUACUUCCUUCUGAAAUAUUAUAGGAGGCAUGGGCAUAUCCAGGGGGGGCAGUUGCCCCCCUAAACCAAGUAAAAAAACAAAAAUACUUAACAAAAAGUAGAAAUAAUCAGAAUAUUUGAAAUUGAAAUGAUCUCUGAGGUCACCUAGGUGAUGUUGUGGCGCAUUCUAACGACGCAACUGGCUUCCGAAAUGGGAAGGGCAAAAGCAAGCUUAGAGAGCAGCCCUGCUCAGAGAGGGCUGAUAUAUAAUUUUAUGGUAUUACUCCAAAAAGAAGUGGUGUUAUGAGCCAUCAAACCUCGAAAUACACAUUUUACGAAAGGUUUCUGCAAUUUUGGCCACUAGUGUAGUUGUAUGGGGUGGGAUGAGCAGAGAUUAAAUCCUGCUCAGUUUGCCUUCACACUACUGUUCACUGCUGGGAGUGGGUGUGCAGCCAAUGCAGAAUUUAACGAUGGCCAAGCACCCGUUAGAUGUGUCAGGAGUGAUGUCAGUGGGUGAGCGUGGUUUGGGGGAAAUGGCUUUGCAGACAAACUUAGCAAGUUGAUUCCACCCUGCUGGCACUAUCUGCCAGAGCUUCAGGUGCAGUGGUGGAUCUUUCGCUCUUCUGCUCUCUGAGCAGGGCUGCUAUCUAAUCUGAAGUAAACCCCACUGAGUUCAAUGGGUCUUAUCCCCAGGUAAUUGGAUGUAGGAUUUCAACCUUAAACAGUAAACGACAUGGCAGUAUGAAAUGCCAGGUAGUGGAAAAACAUUAUUUUAUUUUAUUUUAUUUUAAUGUUCUUCAUUACUAUUAAGUAUAUUUUGUCACUGAAGUAUUCAGCAGGUAGCAUAACUUCUGAAAAUUAAAAGUAAAGUGGAAUGUGGUCAAAACUCUACUACUUGUGCUGAGACAGCAAAAAGAGAAAGAGCUCUAUUUGAAGCCUCCCAGGGGGUUUACACCUCUAUUCUAAAUCCACUCAUUUGGAAAGCCAGCUUCUUGUAUGUUUUGGAUGAAGACCUCAAAGGCAUCUGUCUUAAUCUAUUGAUUGCUGCAAAGUUAGCGGUUCAGAAGCACAUGGGGUUUGUCUAACUCCAAAGCCUACUCCAUUCACUUCAGUGGAUUGGGCAGAUUGACACCUGCAUUUAAACAAAAGUGAUUCCUUCCCCCCAUUUCCUGACUCAUGUGUUCAUGAGUGAAAUAAAAACUUGCACUGACUUCACACAUUUCCCUGCUCCCCUCCCUGCCCGAUUGUCUCCCCGUAGGAAUAAUGCCACAUUAUGAAUGCGGUUAACAUAUGUUAUGUGCAAAAAUAAGCAAAAUAAAAUAAGCUGUAAAAUGCAAUAUAUUCAGUAAGAAACCAAUCGGGAACGAUUUUGAGAAUUUACUACCUGCUAUCACACAAACAUUUGAAAUUGCUUCAUUUUUUAGAUUCAAGUUUUAAGGAUUAGGCUUUGGGGAGUAGUGGCAAAUUCAAUUUAAGUGCAUUUCAAUUUCUUAAGUACCAAUUCUUCAGUUGCUUUCUACUCUUUCCCUUCACCCCCCCUCCAUACCAUUAGCCAUUAAUUAUCCUUAAUGCUCUUCAAUCAACAAUGCCUGUCUGAAUACUUACAGAGACUGUAGUAUUAAAUGUAUUUCCUUUCUUUCUUGAAGAAUGUUUUACCUGUCCAAAAAGCAGCUGCUCGAACCCUGUGUGUAUAUUUACGUUACAAUCGCAAACAAGAACAGAGGCAUGAAGUCAUCCAGAAACUGAUUGAGCGUAAGUCCUGAUUUUCUCUUUGUUUUGAGGACAGCAGUGUAAUUUGGAAAAAGGGAUGGCAACUGUGUGUAGAGUUGUACAAGAGGGGAAGGUUCCUAUCUUUACAGUGCAGCAAACAUUUACAAUCUUAAGGUCCCAGGUUCAGUCAUAUCUUCAGUUAAAGCAGGGAUGAGGAACCUGUGGCUCUAGACAUUGUUGUACAGCUCUCUUCAUCCCUCAUCAGUGGCCCAUGCAGGCUGGGACUGUUAGGAGUUGAGUCUAAUAAGCUCUGGAGGGCUUCAGGUUCCCCAUCUCUGAGCUAAAGGUGUGAGAGAGCCAGUGUAGCAUAAUGGUCAGAGUGUUGGACUGGGACCUGACAGAGCAGGGUUCGAAUCCCCAUUCAGCCAUGAAGCUCCCUGGGUGACCUUGGGCCAGUCACCAUAUCUUAGCCUAACCUACCUCAUUACAGGGUUGCUAUAAGGAUGAAAUAAAAUAGGGAGGGGGAAAACCAUGUACACCAUCCUUGGAAGGUAUGUAAAGCUAAUAAAUAAAGUAAAAUAAAGGAAGGAUCUCAGUAUAGCAAGACCUUAUAUAACCCCUGCCAAUUGGAAUAGAAAUGGACCAGUGGUCUGACACCAUGGUGGUGUAACAUGUUCCGACACUUCAACACAGUUAUAUUGGUAUCAGAGUAACCAGAGGCUCCAUUUUCAAAGUGCUGCAUUUUAAAGUUUCUGAAAACUAUCUAAUCUACAUCUAUAAAGCUAUAUCUAUAAAUUUAGAGGUUUUAAAUAAUGUAAUAAUGGCUGACAGACACUGACUUUCUAAUCUGCACUUGUAGGUCUACAAAAGAAUAUGCAAAGGAUGAGAGACAGUUGAUUAAUCUAAAUGUUCAUACUUCAAACUUUCUUAGGCAAUAGCAUCAAAUAUAUCUUUGUUUCCAAUUCAGGCAUUAAUUACUCCCAUGGGAAGCUGCAUUUUUCUGGAAGUCAAAUCAAAUUGAGAAAAUAAAUUGGUCCAGUGUAGAUGAAACACUGCUGAUCUCAGCUGUGGUUAUGGUGUGGUCAUAGGACAUCUCUGCCUUUGUUGCUCCCUAACAUGAAUUUCCUCCACUUCUUUCCCUUGUCGGCUUUAACCCUGUACCGUGGUACCAGUGUCAACCAUGGUUAGUGUUAACCAUGGUAAGCUUCUCUAACUAAGAUCAAAAACCAAGCUGGCUUGAAGCUGGUUUGCUGACCCACCUUAAGUGGGAGGCUGGCUGUUAUAAUAAUAAUAAUAAUAAUUUAUUAUUUGUACCCCGCCCAUCUGGCUGGGUUUCCCCAGCCACUCUGGGCAGCUUCCAUAGAAACCAAAAAUACAGUAAAAUAUCACAGAUUAAAAACUUCCCUCAACAGGGCUGCCUUAAGAUGUCUUCUAAAUGUCAGGUAGUUAUUUAUCGCUUUGACAUCUGAUGGGAGGGCAUUCCACAGGGCGGGCGCCACUACCGAGAAGGCCCUCUGCCUGGUUCCCUGUAGCUUUGCUUCUCGCAAUGAGGGAACCGCCAGAAGGCCCUCGGCGCUGGACCUCAGCGUCCAGGCAGAGUGAUGGGGGUGGAGACGCUCCUUCAGGUAUACUGGGCCGAGGCCGUUUAGGGCUUUAAAGGUCAACACCAGCACUUUGAAUUGUGCUCAGAAACGUACUGGGAGCCAAUGUAGGUCUUUCAAGACCGGUGUUAUGUGGUCUCGGUGGCCGCCCCCAGUCACCAGUCUAGCUGCCGCAUUCUGGAUUAGUUGUAGUUUCCGAGUCACCUUCAAAGGUAGCCCCACGUAGAGCGCAUUGCAGUAGUCCAAGCGGGAGAUAACUAGAGCAUGCACCACUCUGGCGAGACAGUCCGUGGGCAGGUAGGGUCUCUGCCUGCGUACCAGAUGGAGCUGGUAAACAGUUGCCCUGGACACAGAAUUGACCUGCGCCUCCAUGGACAGCUGUGAGUCCAAAAUGACUCCCAGGCUGUGCACGUGGUCCUUCAAGGGCACAGUUACCCUAUUCAGGACCAGGGAGUCCUCCGCACCAGCCCGCCCCCUGUCCCCCAAAAACAAUACUUCUGUCUUGUCAGGAUUCAACUUCAAUCCAUUAUCCGCCAUCCAUCCUCCAACCGCCUCCAGGCACUCACACAGGACCUUCACCGCCUUCACUGGUUCUGAUUUGAAAGAGAGGUAGAGCUGGGUAUCAUCUGCAUAUUGAUGGACACCCAGUCCAAAUCCCCUGAUGAUCUCUCCCAGCGGCUUCAUAUAGAUGUUAAAAAGCAUGGGGGAGAGGACGGAACCCUGAGGCACCCCACAGAGUGAGGGCCCAGGGGUCUGAACACUCAUCCCCACCACCACUUUCUGAACACGGCCCAGGAGGAAGGAGCGAAACCACUGUAUAACAGUGCCCCCAGCUCCCAGCCCCUCUAGACGGUCCAGAAGGAUGUUAUGGUCGAUUGUAUCAAAGGCCGCUGAGAGAUCCAGCAGAACCAGGAAACAACUCUCACCUUUGUCCCUAGCUCGCCGGAGAUCAUCAACCAGCGCGACCAAGGCAGUUUCAGGCCCAUGGUGAGGCCUGAAUCCCGAUUGGAAGGGAUCCAAUGUAAUGCUAAACCCUGGUGGAGUUCAUGCUAGAGAAAGAGGAAGAAGGGGGAGGGAGCCCAUGGUCAUCUCUUGAUCUUUCAGCUUUGUUUUAAAGAUUAACAGUGUUCUGUCUUGACAGGACUUAUGACUAUCUUUUCACAUUAUUGAAAAUGACAUAAAACAUUUUUCAGGAUCAGUUUGUAUUGAGCUCAUCCCAUUAAAUUAACUUUGAGAUUAUAUAUUGCAUUUCUUUUCAUUUCUUGUGCAAUAAAAUCAAAUGAAAAUCUACAUAUGGUGAUCGUCAGUUUCUUUUAAUCAUUUUUUUCAGAGUUGGGCCAAGGAAAAAGCUACUGGAACAGAUUGCGUUUUUUAGAUACCUGUGAAUUCAUCAUAGAACUCUUUUCCAAAUCUUUUUUCUGUGAAUACUUCUUUCUCCCAGUGCUUGAGCUUACACAUGAUCCAGUUGCAAACGUGAGGUACUGCACAUGUUGUGUUAAAAAAAUCUAUGUGGCUUGGUCAAGAUGUUUUAUAUCAAUGUUGUAUAGAGCGGGUUGGCAAUUUGCUUGGGAAGCCUUGCAUUCAUUUCUUUAAGAAUUCACCUCUACACCACCUUGUUCGUUACCCAGUAUUAUCUCAGUAUUAAUGCUGCAAUAUAUUAUACUGUUGUGUAACAGUGGCAUGGCAAUCCUCAGAAGAGGUUAUCCAUUCUGAGUUCAGUCCUUAGUCUUUUGAAGUCUGAAGCUAACAUUUCUCCUGAUUUAAGCAGGUUUGAUAUUGGCUGUUUGACAAAUUGUGUAUUAAGCAGCACUGAAAUUAAAAUAUAUAAUAGGCAUGAUGUUGCCCAGAGGCAUAUGGAGGAGAGAAGGAAAUAUGAGGAGAGAGGUGUGAAAAAUGUUUACAAGGAAGAAGCUGAAGUGGUUUUCUAUGUACCCUUCCAGAUAAUAUAAAAAGGAAGCAUGAGCAAAUAACUUUUUGAAGUUGAAAGGGACUCUGUAAUAGACAACUUCAGACACAAAAAAGCAGGUGGAGAUGAGGGCCACACUCCAGCAAGUCCCUAAUGGGUGUGUAGCAGAGCUUGUCAUGAUUAUUACGUAUUCAUUAUAUUAAAUACAUUUCUAACCCACCCUUCAUCAUAAGAUCUCAGGGCUGGCUACAGUUAAAAUUGCAGCCCCCCCCCCAAUAUGUAAAAUACUAUAACAAUCAUACAAAGAACAAGUAUAACUUAGAGUGCAGUACAAACUUCAAAAUUACGGAAACCACAGGACUGCUGCAAAUGCCCAGGGAAGCAUAUGGAUCUUUCUCUGGCAGUAAUAAUUUCAGUGCCAAAUAUGUUUCCAGGAGAAUGACGUUCCAUAGAUGGAGUGUCACAGCACAGAAUACAUUUUUAUGUCUCACUGCAUGAUAUACGUGUCUCAGUGGUAGAACGUCAGGAGUGGCCUCCUCUCCUGAUCUUGGCUCAUGGGCAGACAGAUACAGGGAGAGGUGUCCCUCCAGCUCUUUGGACCCCAAGUCUUUUAGGGCUUUAUAGGUUACCAGCACCUCGAAUUCAUCCCAGAAGCAUGUAGAUGGCCAAUGUAAAUUUUCUAGAAUCAGCGCCACAUGAUUCCAACUAACUGAACUAAACUAAUAUUAUGGCAGCUGCAUUCCGCAGUACAGUCAUACCUCGGGUUGAAGUAGCUUCGGGAUGAGUAUUUUCGGGUUGCGCUCUGCGGUGACCUGGAAGUAAUGGAGCGCGUUACUUCCAGGUUUCGCCGCUCGUGCAUGCGCAGACGUUCAAAAUGACAUCAUGCUCAUGCGCGGAAGCAGCAAAUCGCGACCCGCAGACGCGGGUUGCAUUCGCUUCAGGAUGUGAACGGGGCUCCAGAAUGGAUCCCGUUCGCAUCCAGAGGUACCAAUGUAGUUGAAGCCUCUAAGUCAUCUUAAAGUACAUUGCAGUAGUCCAAAAAGGAAGUUAUUAGAGCAUGGAUUACUGUGGUCAAGCUCUUUCUACCCAGAAAUGGCUGUGGCUGGUGAACCAGCUGGUUUGUUUGACUUGUGGACACAUCUACACAAAUUCACAUACAUAAAGAAUAGUGUAUGUUUUAAGAGUGUUUGUUUUGAAGGGGGCUUCUGCCCAAAGUGGCAUGUCACGUUGCUCCGAAAUGUUCAGCAGAUUGUUACUGCAUUGCCUUAUUUUAGCAAAGAUUGCAGUUUUUUACUGGUUUCUUACUAUUACUUUAUUGCCCUAUACUGUACACGAAAGGAUAAUUAAAAAGCAGGCCAGGAGAAAUUGGUUGCUAUUAAGUGAUGGAACAUUAUAACUCUCCAACAGCUCAUAACAUUUAUUGUUUAGCGUUUCUAUAUUGUACGGUGUCUAUUGUACUGUUGAGAGGACACAUAAAUAGCAUGGUCCUUGCCUCAGAGGCCUAAAACCUUAUAUAGAUAGACAGGACCAAGCUAAAGAAAAGGACAGUACUUUCUGUUCCUUUGCAAUCGAGAACUCAGGAAUCCUUUGACCUAGAAAAGGAGAGCGUUUGAAGUGACAGGGCAGAAGAGAUGCAUGGGUCAAGGUGGAUGCACAAACAAAAUAUAUAGGAUAGAGUAGUCUUUCUCAACCUUGGAUCCCCAUAUGUUGUUGGACUACAACUCCCACCAUCCCUGACCACUGGACCCGGAGCUAAGAAUGAUGGGAGUUGUAGUCCAGCAACAUCUGGGGGACCUAAGUUUGAGAGGCUGGGGUAGUGUACUGUGCACCACAGUAUUUUUCACUAACCUGCUACCAGUCAAAGUGGACAAUCUUGAGAUUGAUGGAUCAAAGGUCUAUCUUGUUAUAAGGCCACUUCCUGUCAUCCUAUGUAUAUAAACCAAAGGGAUACUAAUAAAGGAGAGAUACACUAUUUGUUUUUCUUAACCUAUUGCCAGAUCUUUACUUUCCUCCUAUAUAAAUCUUGCUUUUCCCUCUGUAGAAUGAAGCUUUGUUAUUUAUUGCCAAAAGUGAAGUCUACUCUCAAGGUUCCCACAGAUAAGCAUUUACUGCAGCAGCUAGAACUGUGUGUAAGAAAACUUCUGUGUGAGGAGAAAGACAAAGAUGUUCUGAGCAUUGUUAAAAAAGUAUGUGGGGUGGUUUCUUCUUUUACUCAUCCAGUAUUUUUUUCAUGUUGCCAGUGCAUUUUAGUAAUUUCCCGGGGUUGUAUCAACUGCUAGUCACACACAGAGUAAACCCACUGGGUUGUGCUUAACUAAGUCCUACUUAGAGUAGACCCAUUGAAAUUAAUAGGCCUUAGUCAUGACCAUUAACUUCAUUAGUUUUACUCUGAGUAGGACUGGUGUUGAAUACCACCUAUGAAAUAUAAUGGACAUUAUUAACUUAUGCCCAUUAAUUUCAAUGUAUCUACUCAGUAUAAUUUAGUUGGACACAACCCUUGGUCAUUCAGUGAUUGCAAAUGUCUUACUUCUUAAAAUUGUGUUUAUAUAACGUAGUGGGAAGAAUUCUGAAUAUGUUUUACCUAUUUGCAAAAGUGUGAACUGUGAUUUAGUGCCUGUUUCUAGAGCUGAGACAGUCAAAGACAGUAAAUUUCACAAUUGUUAGAAAUUAUUCUAAGUUGUGUUAUCUAGAUUUCAAUAGAUCAGAGAAUGCUGAUGAUGACAGAACACUAGCUGGGCUUCCUUACUAUAAUGUCUUACUGUACUACUCUAACAAUGCAAAAUGUCUGCACACGAAAAACUUUAGUGAGACUCCCAUGUUGCUAGUUAGUUCCUUUUCUUUUUUUCCGUAUCUUUACCCACAUUUAUGUGGAAAUCUCUGUGGAAAAUCCCACAAAUAUUUCAAGACUCAGUGUUAGGAGAUCAAACUGCCUUUUUUAAAAAAACAAAACAUUAAAACAACCUAAAAUAAUAAUUAAACUUUUUAAAUAGAUGGUGCUGGAACUGGACAGAAUGGAAACCUCUUUGGAUGCGGUAAGUAUCUUCUAAGAUGAUAACCUGAAAUAACAAGCUGAAACCAUUGGCAUGAUCACUGAUGGCUUGUUUGUUUUAACCUUCAAACAGUUUCAGAAGAGGUUUUAUGAAAAUGAUCUAUUGGACCAGCAAAAAGAAAGAGAGGAGCACCUACUUUUGGAAAUGGUAUGUUUACAAUAGACAUUAAGCUAACUGAGUAUCAUGUAGACUUUCCAGAGUGAAGAUUUAAAAUAGUUCCCUGAUAAAGCAGGGCCAGGGAACAGCAAUCCUAAACAUUCUCCAUAUAUGUAACCUAAGACAUACUGUGUCACAGUGCUUAUUUGUCUGAGAGGAGGUCCUGGUGCAGGAGGAAAUGGACAGAGCCUUUAGCAGCUGCAGUCUACGUAUAUAGAUUUCAAAUUACUGGCAGGAGAAAAUGCCCUGUAAACUACAUCAAGUUUGUGAUUCUUUUAGCAGUAAUAAUAAUAUUUAUAUAGUAUAACCUAACGUUAUCUCAAUAACCCAUACAGCAAUUCUGCAAGGUAGACAGAAGCAGCUUGCUGGGAUAGGCAGAGCUGCGCUGCUCACUUCCUGGCAGAUGGGCCCCUGUUGCUUACCAGGAGGGCGAAGUGGUGGGGAGGUCAGGGUGUUGCAUACGCACUGACGGAGCCAAUCUGGCACUCCUAAUGGUGUGUUUGCAGUGUGCCAUCCUUUCUGCUGCCUUGCCCCUGUGCCUCUGUCUCCUGGUAAGCAGCAGCGGCCCACGUGCCAGAAAGCUAGCAUGGCAGCUCCGUCCUUCCCGGCAAGCAGCUUUUGAAGGUAGGCUGGCACUGUGAUGCAAAUAAAGGAAUAGUGCCCUAGGGUAUCAGAUUUCUUAGUCAGUUCUACCAGAAGAGCUUUUGCUGGGUGAAAUGGAGCCCAAAUGCUACACACACCCUACUGAGGACGACACUUUGCUGCACUAUUCGAACACCCUCGUUUAUCCUCCCUGUGGCCAGUGGUGAGGUUGCUUUACCCUGCUGCAUGGCAGACCUGUCCCUGUUCAUGAACGAGGCAAUAUUUUAUAACUGGGACAUCUUGAAUCCCAGUUUAUAUUCUUAGUCUCUCUGCUAAAACUGUUUUCUUGCAGUAGUCUCAAACGUUUAACCAUAUAUGUCCAGGUCAUGAGUUCAGGUUUGGGUUGCACAUGAGUUCAAGUUUGGGUUGCUCAAUUUUCAACAUAAUUCCUAUAGUCUACCUCAACAUUUCAGAGAGGGAAAGCGACCACACUCUGCUUUGUAUAAAAUAUCACAACCCUGUGUGAUAUUACUGGAGAGGUAUUUCUAAUUGGGGGGGGGGGCAGAGGGGAGGGACAAUUUCUGGGGAGAGUGUGCUAUGAGCAAACGGCUGUUUAACCAAUAAUAAUAAUAAUAAUAAUAAUAAUUUAUUACUUAUAAUUGGUGGUAUUUCAGGCUACAUCUUCCUCUCUUCUGAAGCUGACUGGGUUGUGGAAGCAUGCCUGUCUGCAGCUUGCAGCCAACAAAUUUUAGGUUUUAAGUUUCCAUUACCACUGUUGUUAAAUUGUUUCCACAACAGGAACAAUUAGAAAAAGAGAAACAGCAAAAUGAGGGCAGGUCUACCAGUAUGAGCGAUAAAAUGUAUGAAAAGAAGCGUAAGUGUUCUUUUGUUUCUUUUCCCAGAGGCUUCUUAAUUUCUUUCUAUGGGGAGUGGAGGAUGCUGAGGUGGAGGUGGCAAGGACUAUUUCUAAACUGGGUUAAUGUUGCAUUCACAAACACGGGGGAUGGCGAUAUUAAUCUUCUGGCUGCUACUAAUUUAGUGUGAGAAAUGCAUGUCAAAACAUUGCACACUCUUACAACCCAACAUUUAGGAAAUGCUUUGGCCGCGGUCAUACAAUCAAUAACUUGUGUGACUGAAGUCGGCAAGUGGGGCAGAUCCUGUUCUCUGCUGCUUACCAGGCAAAACCUCAUUCAAUACACUAGAGCAGAUGUUUCCAGAGUAGCAGGGUGCCAGGCUUUCUGGAUCUGUGGAAUCUGAAAAUGUCCUUUUGGAUAACUUGUAAGGUUCCUCUGAGCCUGCCUCCUGCCUGCCUCCUGUAAUCUACAGCCAUCUAGCCCUCCUUCCAUUACUAGGCCUGACUAUGUUUUUGUGUUACAUGUGCAUUGAUGCAAACUAUUGUUAAUGAAAGCUAUGUUCCUUUCAGGCUCAGAAAUUCUAAUUUGAAGUGGGCUUGCAAACAAUAGUUAUAAGAGAACAUGUCCUGCAUAGAUAGCACAAAACCAUAGUCAGUACUGGAAGAGAAGUUGGGAGGAAUCGCUUUGGAAAAUAGAAAAGGAAGGAAUAUAUUUGCUCCUGAUUUCAAUCCAAUCCAAAUAACUUUAUUGAACUAGCCAUUGGUCAUGACAAAUCUGAAUCAAAACUAAAUACAAGCAAAAGGGGUGUAAAACCAUGGUUUUCCGGAAGCCAGCAUUAUAUCUACACUAAGCCAAUACCUUUUGCUGCAUCAGCAACAAAUACAUUCCAGAUGUAGGCCGCAAACCACACUUUCCUAAGUGCUUCAUGCAUCAGUUUCAAUGGUCAGCCCCUUAGAGCUGAAAGAAAUAACAUGGGGCACUUAGUCCAAUUCAUGCCCUGUAGCAGGAAAAAUUCAUAUCUAAAAGAUCUGCAAUAGAUAGUGGUCUGCUCUUCAGUAUAGUCAGUUUCUGCUGUGAUUGAAAGCAUGGCAUUGAUACAUUGAUGGGACACGUGACAGAUUUUACUCCAGGAUAAUGUAUUAUCCCAUCUGGUUUCUUCUAGAGUUUCAAUAUGGUUGUGUGGUAUUUAAGAUGUUAUGACAGACUGUCAUAUUGUGCAGUCUUUACUUCUUCAGAUAAUCUGAGUGGAAUGCUUAAAAUGACCUUUGUUUUAGGUAGAGACAGUAAAGCAUCAACAACUUUGGCCAAAACUAUACCAAUGUCUGUUUCCGGAAAUCCGGGUGCUGCAGCAGGUAAGAAAAAACAAAUAAACACCUUUUGUCUGUUUUAAAAUAUAUGUCCACACCACAAUGAGCAUAAGAAAACACAGGUAGAAAACCCCAAGAGAGACAGCUGAGUGGGCUCCAAACCCAUUGAAGUUGCCAGUGCAGAGUUGAACAAAUGGUGAACGGUAGGAGCCAAGAUUCAAAGGUGCUCUAUGAAUGUCCCUGCAGUCAUACGCUGCCAGGAACAGGUGUCCUUGCAACCAUAGCUUCUAUAUUCCCUGUGGCUGCCCACCCCUCUGCAGUUGUUGCUUGAACAUCCUACUUGUUCUUUAGCUAACUGGACAGUUUGGGUUUCAGGCAACCUGCCUGCUGGCUCUGCUUCCGCAAUCUCUCUCCUUAGGUUUCAUGGCUAUGUACCUGAUACAAGUUUUUUCUGCUCAUUCUCCUUCAGUUAUAUCAGGCCCUGUAAAUUCGGGUAACUGCUUACAUGUUUUGACCAAAAAUCACACGAAAUUAUAGACCUUUAUGCUCAAUGAUGAAAACUGAUUGCCAGAACUCCAUCAUGCUUUUCUAGGUCUCUGUUCCAAUUGUUCUUUCCCUGCAGCGUGAAUCCUCCUAUUGUUGCCAGCAAAUUAUGUAAUAAGCCCACAAUAAAUUGCGUUGGGUUUUUUUAAUUGUCCCCUAGGUAAAGAAGUGAAAAAGUCAAAAUUGGUUCGAAGCCAGUCUUUCAGUAGUCAAGCCUUGCACUCAAAAUAUGGAAACAUAGACAAGUGUCCCAGGUAUGUAAUAUUUAUUUUUUCGAUGUGUCUGUGACAGAGAUGGCAAUCCUAUAGACCACUUUGGUUGUUCUUUAUGGAAACGUACUUACCUUUCUCUAGUUGUAUACUAAUAGCAUGGUGUUAUUCUUUAGUUGAUUUCUAGAGAAAUGAUGGACAGUUAGGGAUGGAUGGAUCAGACAAUUUCCAUUCUGCAUUAGCUUGGCUAGCAGUCUAUUCUUUCCCAGUUUUUUGCAGUUUUUUAAAAAGCACAUCUAAACUAUUAUUGCUUUAUAUGCAUUUUCCUAAUAUGCAUUUUGUGUGCCUCUUGUCUGAAAAAUAAGCAUUUUGUACAUAUGUUUGAUCAAAAACCACACUGCAAAAUUUGGAGAAGUGUGUAACCAAUUGAAAGUUUCAUUCUAAUCCCCAUGAAGUCACAUUGAUUUCUCCUCCAUCUGCAAGAACAGCAAUAAACUGUAAUGAUACAGUGGUCAUUUAGCAGAACCAGUCAGGGAUGAAAGUUACAGCCUGUUCUGGAUGGAGUAGCACCUCUACUGACCAGGUGGGACAUCUGGGGUGCUGCUGGAGUCAGUUUUACAGGACUGCCUUUGCAAAGUUUCAGUUAGUAUACCAUUUGCACCCUUACCUCACAUGCCCUAGUUCUCAGUCGGUAGAACACAAGCCUCUUAAUAUGAGGGUGGUGGGUUUGAGCGCUACAUUGGGGAAUAUAUUCCUGCAUUGCAGGGGCUUGGACUACAUGACCUUUGUGGUCCCUUCCAAUUCUACAAUUCUAUGAUUCUGUGUUAUCUAGAUGAGGUGAUUGGAUCAUGCUCUGUGUGGGGCUGCCCUUAAAGAGUGUUCAGAAGCUUUAGCUGGUACAGAAUGUGGCAGCUAGAAUCACAACUGGGCCAUGCCAUCUUUAUUAGUUACCAGUACAUUUAUGGGCACAAAUUGAAGGUUUUGGUCACUAUGUAUAAAGUCCCAAACAUACCUGUUUUCUCUCAUAUGAGCCAGCCCACCUACUGUGUCCAUCAUUGGAGGACAUAUUCCAUAUCUGUCAGUUACCUGCAUUCUGAUGGGCUGGGAUGCAGGACAGGUCCUUCUCUGUAGUGGUAUCCAGGUUGGAGAAUUAUCUUACCUUUAAGGCCCAGCACCAGUAGCCUUAGUAUUGAUAUUUAUGGACCAUUAGGAUAUUCUUGCACUGUUAUGUCUUGCAGUUAUUUUAUGUCUCUGCUGUAUUUUAUGACCCAUUAAUUUGGUUCUCCCCUCCUUUAAAGCCUUUGUAUUAUUAACGUAUUAUAGUUUCUGAUGUGAACUUCUGUGAAGAUUUUUGAACUGAAUGGCAGGAUACAAAUGUUUUACAAUAAAUACAUAAUGGAGGUCCUGGUGUCAGCCUUCAUUGCUGCAAAUUCACCAGGCACAUUUGGGGAAAGAGGAAAGGAAAGGUGGAGGGAGGGGCUCAUGAGAGAAGAUUUGGUAGAAGUGCUUAGAAUGGGAUUUUAAAUCAUGCAAGUUCUUUUCCAUUUGGAAAGGGAAAUUAUUUGUUAUUUACCUGGGCCCAUUCUGAAAUGUGAGGGGGAGGGCCUGCCCAUGACUAAGGAUGGUUAUGCUUUAUAACAUCAUCACAUAUUUUUGUACCCCUUCAGCAAAAGUUCUUCAACAGGAUAUACUUCAGUAUCAGCAGUAGGAAAAGGUUCUAUGUUCUCCUUUUCAGGUAAGCAGCUUGGUUACUUUUUGGGGGGUGAGGGGAAUGUGUUUAUUAGAAUUCUUUUAUUAGAUUCCCCUUGUGCUCAAAGACAUUUGGGGCCCAUUGUCCUUAGCGCUGGCCAGACUGAAAAAAAUAAACAAGCAGCAGGUCUAAUAUGUAGAAUAAGAGAGCAAGGAGAACAGGUAUUUGAGAGCCAGUGUGGUGCAGUGGUUAAGAGCGGUAGUCUCGUAAUCUGGGGAACCGGGUUCGCUUCCCCGCUCCUCCACAUGCAGCUGCUGGGUGACCUUGGGCUAGUCACACUUCUCUGAAGUCUCUCAGCCCCACUCACCUCACAGAGUGUUUGUUGUGGGGGAGGAAGGGAAAGGAGAAUGUUAGCCGCUUUGAGACUCCUUAAAGGGAGUGAAAGGUGGGAUAUCAAAUCCAAACUCUUCUUUUGUUGAGUAUUGAAAAUAAUUGUGCGCAGUUGAAAACAUGGGCAAUAUUAAAGUAAAUUCAACAGUAUAACAUAUAUUGAAGUAAUGUAAGAUAGGAGAACAGAAUUAGAUGGCUACACUAAAAUAUGCAGGAAUGGUGAAUAAGUUAAAUGAAGCUUGGGAGGGAAGUCAAAGAAGGUAUGGUAUAAUAAAAGAUAAUUUGAAAUGUAAAUUGUUUGAAAAUUCAAUUAAAAUUAUUUUUUUAAGAAAUGAAAUAAAUAAACAAGUACACAUGAUCUUUAUAAACGUUCUGUACAAGCAGCUAACAAAAAUCACAGCUCUGGUAGCAACAGCUGUACCCAGAUACUGCCAAUUACUGUGUUAACAUUUCCUCCUUGUCUUUCAGAUGAUUCCUUCCGUACUCGCUCUAGCAACCCCAGUGGGACUGCUGCGUUCUCCUCUGCUUCCACCUUACCAUCUUCCUCUCGUAAUACAAGUAAUUCAGUUGAUCAGAAGAGCAACGGGAGUAAAGAAAGCCAUUCGCGGAAGGUUAGCUUGUAAGUGAUCGACUAAAGUUAGGGCACAAUUUUAAGGCUAUGCAGCCUUAAAGUGAAAGGCUAAUUUUCCAUCCUUGAAUUUUUAGUUAGUUAGCUUUUAUGAUGAGAAUAUUCUCCAUGUAGACAUUUCUGCAAGUAUAAAGGAGCCUAGUUAUUUAAAAUUACUGUGUUUACCCACAGCCUCAGGAUCUUUGUGAAGCUGGUGGUUGCAGUAGAUUUGCAGUUGUUGCCAUGCCUAUUCAUUAAUAGGACUGGACAAGCCAGAGCUAAGUUACAUAGCAAAUCAGAAUUGAGCCCUCUGCUCUGGUAUUUGAUAAUUUCUUAUUGGGGAGGCUGUGCCUAUUCUGUUCUUUUGAAAACUAUUGCUAUUUAUUUCGCUCCUCUGAUGGAGCGGCAAAUAUGUCCAUUCUAAAACAAUACAAUCAAAGCUUCAAAAAAACAGUUUAAAAUGUGCAACCUUCCUUCCUUAUUUUACCUUAUUUCCUAAAAUUAUUGUUUCCCAAAAUGGCUCACAUCAGUAAUAAAGAGGGAGAGAGAAAGAAACAGGCCCUGCCAUGAGAAUUGCAAACUAACUACAAAUAUGGUGUUCUUGUUCCCUGGAUGUAAGGAGAACUAGAAUUCUGGCAUCCUGGCUAGCAUGAGGGCUAGAAUAAUGUCUGCGCUGAAGAAGUUUCUAGAAAUAUAUAAGUCUGUAAGGCACGGUAGGGAGAGUUUGACACUGCUAACAGUAAUUUUCUCCUACCUGGUUUUCAUUUUUAUGAUGAGGGUAUUUUCUGAUGAUAUUUUAAUGCAUUUUGUGUUUGUCUUAUUGGAUAUAUAUUUUAUUGAUGUAAACUGCUUUGGGUUACUUCUUGUGGGGUGGGUGGGGGGAGGAAACUAUAAGGUUUUUUUUAAAUAAAAAAUUCACCCUCCAUGGACUGUAAUAGAUGAUUGUGCUGAGAAUUUGUAACAGAAUUCUUAGCACCGUCACCACACUACAUUAUUUGGGAUGUAGUGGGAUUAUUUGGGGAAAGUCAACAUAGGUUUGUCUAGUAUAGCUAAACUUUGUGUGACUGCAUCUGUGUGCCCCCAAUAUAUGAAUGCUGGAAGGAGGUUAACUACCUAUAGAUUUAUGGAUCAGAGAAAUGUGAGAUUCCAGAAGGCACAUGUGUUCAGUGUGCACACACGUGUUAUUUAAUCUGGUUUUGCUGGCUAUGUAUUAUUUCCACCUGAAAAUAUGAAUGUUACACACGGUUGCGCCCCAACGUGUGUGUGUUUUGGUACUACUUAACUCGGAGCACUGGGAAUCCUCAGAUAUCUGAAUCAGCCCUCUGCUACAGAAGGCCCAUGAAUUUCAUUUGUAGCACAUGGUAGUAUGUGGAAGGGUUUCAUCCAGCACGUGCCUCAAACCCACAGGAGACCACACACAGGGGAGGUAUUCUUCAGAGGGGCAGGAAGGAAGCACAUACAAACUCAUUGCUAAAUGAGUUUGAGUUAAAUGAGUCAUCCUAGAAUAGACGGCAGCCCUGAAUCAUAAACAUGGGGAUUAACAAAAGAAUCUGUUCUGCUACUAUUAUGCUGUUAUGCUGGGCUUGGUUUUAUUAUCCUCUGUGUGUCUGCUCAUUGUGAAGGCCUUUAGAAAUUUUCUCUCAACAUAAUAGCUUACACUUACACUCCUACAUGGCAACAGAUUUGAAUAUAUAUCUGGAGAGGAAUCAGGUGUCCUUACUUUGUAAGAUGAAUCACUGCAAUAUGGGUUAGGGCGAGAGUGUGCGUAAUAAUUUACCACAUGGGCAUACAGUGCUGAAGUACAUGGCAACAUUCUAAUUAAUUCCAGUAAUUUAACAUCUGCUCCCAAAAGAUAGGUAUCUUUAACGAGAAGUGAGUUGUUCACAUAUCAGUGAUCUAUAAUGCUUCUUUUCAUGUAUACUUUAAGACACAUUGUUCAGUGUUGGCUGAACACAGUGUGAGCUGGGAGGACUUGACUUCUCGGCCAAGCUCUGUUACCAUCUUAAGUUUAAGGAAGGUGGUUGCUUUUAGGUCAUAUUUUCUCACAGUUUAUGGAAACAAGUCCUUGCUGAAGACAAGAUAAAGAACAGGAGUGGCAAACUACUUUGCCCCAUAGACUGGGUCUGAUUCCCCCCCACACACACACAUUUGUUUUUGGCUUCAAGACCACCAUCCAAUUGGGUCUGCAGCCUGGCAGUGGAAUCUGUAGAAAGCUGUGGGGAAAAAUACAGAGGUCUGAGCUGCACAUCACCCCCUGGACCACCUCUAAGGAAGAACCCUCCUUCCCUAUCUUCUUGCACUUGGGAGACAUAAGUACAGCCCUGAGUGCCCUUUCUGGUUUCUAAUCUCCUCUGAUCAGCGUAGAACCACAAUGGAGUCAUUUUGUGCCCCCCCCUCCCGAGAUUUGUCAAACAGUGAGGAUAGAAAGAGAAAGGAGCAAAAUUGCUCACCAUAGCAAAGCCAGAGAGCAGGGCCAAAGUAUGCUGGGUUAUCAAAUCAUCUCCUCUCCAAAUUGAUCAAGGAGUAGGUGAUUUCCAUCUUUGAUGGCAGUGGCAUGGGUGGAAAGAUUUCAAUAACUGUUUUCAGCCCCGACAUACAAAUGCAAAUCAUUCCUCCUCAGUCCUCAGAUCAAUCAUCUGAAGAGUAGAAGGGGACAAUAAGCCAUCUCCUUCCCUGAUCAACACAGAUCAGAUGAGGAAGGCAGGUGUGUGUGUGUGUGUGUGUGUGUGUGUGUGUGCGCGCGCGCCUGUAUGCAUGCCUCCAAUAUGUGGUUUAUGGCUAAGAUCAAGUGAGCUAAUGGUUAGACUUGGGUGUGCCCAGUGGACUUAUUGACUUCCCCCACUCACUGAACAAAAAAGACACAGACCUAUGCUUUGCAACAAAGAGUGUUUACGAAAACCCCAGUUUCCAAAGCAGUUUGAUACAUGCUUUGAUGUGCUACUUCCCCCCAGCUGUGCAGAACUAGAAGUGCAGCUCUAUGGAUCCCAGCCAAAGAGUUUAGAAAGUCAGUCUUAGUCGGCUGCCAAGGCAUCAGCCUCUAGCUGGGAGAAACAAAGAUGUAAUAGCCGGUUAACCACUUGAAAUGGCCCUUCCAGAUGACACUGAGCAUAUGCACAGGGAGUUGGGGAACAGAACAUUCUUAGCCCUCACCACUGCCGUGCCAUAGUUCCCACCGUAGACUGUAUGUUGUAUUCAGGGAUACUUAAUGGGUUUUUAUGCUCUGUGGCUCCUCUUUUGAAUCAGGAGGAAAUGUAUUGCCAAGGCACAGUUUGACUAAGAGCCCCAUAUGGACCAGUGUGAAAUUUAGAAGCAGAACGCAUCCUGCCUACUUUGAACUGUUGAUCAGUUUUUAAAAACUGAUGAGAAAUAAUGCUGUGAUAGCUCAUAUUUCUAAUAAAAUACUCUGCAUUAAUAGAUUUAGUCCUCUCUAGAUUGUUGCCUCAGUUGAGGCCCCAAUCUGUGCCUUUGUUUAGCAUAUGCGAGUUUCCACGCUCAUUUCAAAGUAUGGAAUGGUGGAAUCAAUACCAAAGAAUGCAUUCAUUGAUUGAUUCCCUGCAUAGAAACAGAUAUGCAAGUUCUUUUACAUGAGGAAGAAUUCCAUCUGCAUUUGGGAAGCCAGACUUCUGUACACCAAAGCCUUUAUGGUGGCCAAGGUGACGUUGGAGGGAUGCAGGAAUGGGACACGGAGACACCAAAGUUGAGGCACAGAUAUCGUAUCUUCUUGUUCUAGUCAAGGGAGGAGAAUGGCUUUGGGUUUUUACCUUGCAAUAAAUGUGUUGAGGAUCACAAAGUCGAUAGGAAAGAAAUUUUAAAAUAUGACUGUACUAAGUCAAUAUUUUUUCCCCCAUUGAUAUACUUAAAAGCAGUGAAGUUCAGCAGUUCUGCUUUAUGCUAUUCCAAUCCGACUUGUGUGAUUUGGGUUCUUUUGUUUUUGCCUGAAGGAAAAACAGGAAGUCAAACUCCUAGAGCUGGUUAAAAAAAGGAUGCACACCAAAGACCACUGGAGGCAACGUGGAUGAAGGAUUGGCAGGAGUUGGAGUAAAAUCUUGAACAAUAAGGACCAGAGAGGAGAGACUGACUGCAUCUCACAAUGUUAACAUCUUCUGUCAGUUAAAUAAAUUCCUAUGUUGUAAAAUAUCUUCAUAGAAAUAAUGUAAUAUGUGCAGAAUUCCAAUGUUGUAAGUGAAGUGUUUAAUUCAAUGUUACUUUAGCAAUGUGCUUAAAAACUGCUGCAGCUAAAGAGACAGGGUUUUACCUCCCCUUCCUCCCUCUCAAUUAUGCCUUUUAAUAGUUCAGGUUCUUCAAAUUGGAAUACAAGUGCCCCCUACUUUAAAAUAUACUUAUUUAUGAGUAGGGCUCCUACUAUAUAUUUGCUAUGGAAAUAGGACCAUAUAGGUGAAAUUGCUCUGCAUAUAGGAUUAACCGACCAAGUAACAUCUUAUCUCUGAAAAAAAGCUUUAGUAUUGAACCUGGAAGCAUGGACAAAGAAAUAUUGAGUAGUCAUUUACAAUACAGUUGUGCUAUAAUUUUAAGUAAGAUUGCUUACCUGGUGUAUACAAAUUCUCAAGAGGGUUUUCCUUUCACCUUUUAAUAAGAACAAAUACCUCCAAAAAUGCAUACAAAUGAUUAUUCAUGAGUUUCAUAUCUGAGUUUCGUUGUAUAAAUACUUUGUUUUAACUUCUAGUAUUUCAGGUUGUAGUUUCUCUUUAUCCAACACUUUAGAAAUAAUGCAAUCUAGUUUUUAAUUAGUUGUUAUUUCGAGCUAUCAUGCUUUUAGCUAUGUCAACGGCAUUUUGUUUGUAUUCAUCCUAACAUUUCUAUCAAAAUUUGCCUGCAACAUGCAGUUCUAUUUAAAAAGUUCUAUUUAUGCCAAUACUUGAGAGAGACUGUAUGAAGCUAUUGUCAGCUUCUCUAUUUCAGAAAUGCAAUCAGCAAAACUAUAUUGAUAUCAGAAAUCUGUUUUUUAAAAUAUAUUGGUGUAUGAUAAAGAUAAUCUAAUUUGUGAAUGAAUAUGUGUGUGGUUACUUUUUACAAUGUGGAAUAAUGAAUGCUUUACGCACAAUAAAACGUAGGAUAUGAAAGU